GGUGAACUCACCUGCACAGGCUGACACAGAUCUGUACUUUACACCCAGUGACGCUGCGAGACCGCUACACUCCGAGAACAACUGUAAGUAAAGUACCCCCUUUAACCACGUUUCUUUCACAUUUGUGUUUAUAUUAUAUUUUCAUUUCUUGCUUUUUUUGUUUUUGCCUAUUAGUUUAUAUGUAUGUAGGUCUAAUGUAGAUUUUGUUUUGACAUUGCUAUUUAAGAUUUUUGUUUUACAUCUUGGUUGUGUUUCCUUAUACCAUUCAAUUUACACAUAUUCAUUUUAUUUUCCUGGGCUUGAAUAGGUUUUCACAUUGUGUGGCAACAGAUAGUUCUUACCCCUGUAAUAUCAGGAUAAAGUUAUCAGUAAAUGACUUUCUAUGCUAAAGCAUGGACUCAGUGCUCACUCUGUCUAUACACUAUAUAAAUUCAUAGAUAGGUACAAGCAGGGCUCGCUCUGUCUAUACACUAUAUAAAUUCAUAGAUAGGUACAAGCAGAGCUCGCUCUGUCUAUACACUAUAUAAAUCCAUAGAUAGAAGCAGGGCUCUCUCUGUUUAUAGACUAUAUAAAUCCAUAGAUAGGUACAAGCAGGGCUCACUCUGUCUAUACACUAUAUAAAUCCCUAAAUAGAAGCAGGGCUCGCUCUGUUUAUACACUAUAUAAAUUCAUAGAUAGGUACAAGCAGGGCUCGCUCUGUCUAUACACUAUAUAAAUUCAUAGAUAGGUACACGCAGGGCUCGCUCUGUCUAUACACUAUAUAAAUCCAUAGAUAGAUAGAAGCAGGGCUCACUCUGUCUAUACACUAUAUAAAUCCCUAAAUAGAAGCAGGGCUCACUCUGUUUAUACACUAUAUAAAUUCAUAGAUAGGUACAAGCAGGGCUCGCUCUGUCUAUACACUAUAUAAAUUCAUAGAUAGGUACAAGCAGGGCUCGCUCUGUCUAUACACUAUAUAAAUUCAUAGAUAGGUACACGCAGGGCUCGCUCUGUCUAUACACUAUAUAAAUCCAUAGAUAGAGGCAGGGCUCGCUCUGUCUAUACACUAUAUAAAUCCAUAGAUAGAGGCAGGGCUCGCUCUGUCUAUACACUAUAUAAAUCCAUAGAUAGAAGCAGGGCUCGCUCUGUUUAUACACUAUAUAAAUCCAUAGAUAGAAGCAGGGCUCGCUCUCUUUAUACACUAUAUAAAUCCAUAGAUAGAAGCAGGGCUCGCUCUGUCUAUACACUAUAUAAAUCCAUAGAUAGAAGCAGGGCUCGCUCUGUUUAUAUACUAUAUAAAUCCAUAGAUAGAUAGAAGCAGGGCUCGCUCUGUUUAUACACUAUAUAAAUCCAUAGAUAGAUAGAAGCAGGGCUCGCUCUGUUUAUACACUAUAUAAAUCCAUAGAUAGAAGCAGGGCUCGCUCUGUUUAUACACUAUAUAAAUCCAUAGAUAGAAGCAGGGCUCGCUCUGUUUAUACACUAUAUAAAUCCAUAGAUACAAGCAGGGCUAGCUCUGUUUAUACACUAUAUAAAUCCAUAGAUAGAAGCAGGGCUUGCUCUGUCUAUACACUAUAUAAAUCCAUAGAUAGAAGCAGGGCUCGCUCUGUCUAUACACUAUAUAAAUCCAUAGAUAGAUAGAAGCAGGGCUCGCUCUGUUUAUACACUAUAUAAAUCCAUAGAUUGAUAGAAGCAGGGCUCGCUCUGUUUAUACACUAUAUAAAUCCAUAGAUAGAUAGAAGCAGGGCUCGCUCUGUUUAUGCACUAUAUAAAUCCAUAGAUAGAUAGAAGCAGGGCUCGCUCUGUUUAUACACUAUAUAAAUCCAUAGAUAGAAGCAGGGCUCGCUCUGUUUAUACACUAUAUAAAUCCAUAGAUAGAUAGAAGCAGGGCUCGCUCUGUUUAUACACUAUAUAAAUCCAUAGAUAGAUAGAAGCUGGGCUUGCUCUGCUUAUACACUAUAUAAAUCCAUAGAUAGAUAGAAGCAGGGCUCGCUCUGUCUAUACACUAUAUAAAUCCAUAGAUAGAAGCAGGGCUCGCUCUGUUUAUACACUAUAUAAAUCCAUAGAUACAAGCAGGGCUAGCUCUGUUUAUACACUAUAUAAAUCCAUAGAUAGAAGCAGGGCUUGCUCUGUCUAUACACUAUAUAAAUCCAUAGAUAGAAGCAGGGCUCGCUCUGUCUAUACACUAUAUAAAUCCAUAGAUAGAUAGAAGCAGGGCUCGCUCUGUUUAUACACUAUAUAAAUCCAUAGAUUGAUAGAAGCAGGGCUCACUCUGUUUAUACACUAUAUAAAUCCAUAGAUAGAUAGAAGCAGGGCUCGCUCUGUUUAUACACUAUAUAAAUCCAUAGAUAGAUAGAAGCAGGGCUCGCUCUGUUUAUACACUAUAUAAAUCCAUAGAUAGAUAGAAGCAGGACUCGCUCUGUUUAUACACUAUAUAAAUCCAUAGAUAGAUAGAAGCAGGGCUCGCUCUGUUUAUACACUAUAUAAAUCCAUAGAUAGAUAGAAGCUGGGCUUGCUCUGUUUAUACACUAUAUAAAUCCAUAGAUAGAUAGAAGCAGGGCUCGCUCUGUUUAUACACUAUAUAAAUCCAUAGAUAGAUAGAAGCAGGGCUCGCUCUGUUUAUACACUAUAUAAAUCCAUAGAUAGAUAGAAGCAGGGCUCGCUCUGUCUAUACACUAUAUAAAUCCAUAGAUAGAAGCAGGGCUCGCUCUGUUUAUACACUAUAUAAAUCCAUAGAUACAAGCAGGGCUUGCUCUGCUUAUACACUAUAUAACUCCAUAGACAGAAACAGGGCUCGCUCUGUUUAUACACUAUAUAAAUCCAUAGAUAGAUAGAAGCAGGGCUCACUCUGUCUAUACACUAUAUAAAUCCAUAGAUAGAAGCAGGGCUCGCUCUGUUUAUACCCUAUAUAAAUCCAUAGAUGAAUAGAAGCAGGGCUCGCUCUGUUUAUACACUAUAUAAAUCCAUAGAUAGAUAGAUAGAAGCAGGGCUCGCUCUGUUUAUAUGCUAUAUAAAUCCAUAGAUAGAUAGAAGCAGGGCUUGCUCUGCUUAUACACUAUAUAAAUCCAUAGAUGGAUAGAAGCAGGGCUCGCUCUGUUUAUACACUAUAUAAAUCCAUAGGGAGGUAGAAGCAAAGCAUGUUGGGCAUGUCUUCAUCUUAACUCCUUAACCCAGUGGUUCCCAAAUAUUUUAGGCGCCCUUAACAUUUCAGUAUUUUUUCAAGGCACCCUAGGUCAAAAGUUCUAGGUUGUAAAUCGGUACAGCGCUGCUGCAUUUACUUGCACUAUAGUGUAAUGUACAGUGUUGGUGUUUGAAUGGGUGCUUGUAUACAUUUAUUGUGUUUUAAUACAGGGGUGUGUUUGUAUAUAAUGUUUGCGUUUGAUUGAAGGGGUGUGCUUGUAUGUUGUGCUGGUGUUUGACUGAUUGGAUGUAUGCACAUCCACACUUACACAGAUAUUCAUGCACAUUAUCACACAGAUGCAUAUAAAUACACCGACAAUACACACAAAUUCAUAUAGACACCGACACACACACACAUAUAGAUACACACCGACACAUACAUACAAGCUGACAUAUACACACAUGCACCCUGACACACACAAACAUUGAUACAUGCCCACACCAUGACACAGAUGCACACACGGACAUAAAAACACACACCCUGACACACAGAUGCACAUAGAAUGUGACGGCAGAUAAGAACCAUUUGGCUCAUCUAGUCUUCCCAAUAUUUCAAAAUACUUUGAAUUAGUCCCUGGCCUUAUCUUAAGUCUAGGAUAGCCUUAUGCCUAUCCCACACAUGCUUAACCCCUUAAGGACCAAACUUCUGGAAUACAAUGUAAUCAUGACAUGUCACAUGUCAUGUGUCCUUAAGGGGUUAAACUCCCUCACUCCCUCCCUCUACCACUUCAGCUGGAAGACUAUUCCAUGCAUCCACUACCCUCUCAGUAAAGUAAUACUUCCUGAUAUUAUUUUUAAACCUUUGCCCCUCUAAUUUAAGACUAUGUCCUCUUGUGGUAGUUCUCCUUCUUUGAAAUAUAGUCUUCUCCUUUACUGUGUUGAUUCCCCUUUAUGUAUUUAAAUGUUUCUAUCAUAUAUCCCCUGUCUUGUCUUUCCUCCAAACUAUAAAUGUUAAGUUCCUGUAACCUUUCCUGGUAAGUUUUAUCCUGCAAUCCAUGAACCAGUUUAGUAGCCCUUCUCUGAACUCUCUCUAAAGUAUCAAUAUCUUUCUGGAGAUACGGUCUCCAGUACUGCGUACAAUACUCCAAGUGAGGUCUCACCAGUGUUCUAUGCAAUGGCAUGGGCACUUCUCUCUUUCUACUGCUAAUACCGCUCCCUAUACAACAAAGCAUUCUGCUAGCAUUUCCAGCUGCUCUAUUACAUUGUCUUCCUACCUUUAAGUCAUCUGAAAUAAUUACUCCUAAAUCCCUUUCCUCAGAUGUUGAGGUUAGUAGGGUAUCAAAUAUCCUAUACUCUGCCCUUGGGUUUUUAUGUCCUAGGUGCAUUAUUUUGCACUUAUCCACACAGCUCUGACCAUUUUUCUAAAUCAUUUGCCAUUUGGCUUAUCCCUCCUGGAACAUCAACCCUGUUGCAAAUUUUAGUAUCAUCAGCAAAAAGACAUACCUUACCAUCAAGACCUUCUGCAAUAUCACUAAUAAAAAUAUUAAAGAUAAUGGGUCCAAGUACAGAUCCCUGAGGUACCCCACUGGUAACUAGACCUUGCUUUGAAUUUACUCCGUUGACUACAACCCUCUGUUGCCUGUCAUUCAGCCACUGCCUAACCCAUUCAACAAUAUUGGAAUCCAAACUUAAAGAUUGCAGUUUAUUGAUGAGCCUUCUAUGUGGAACAGUGUCAAACACCUUACUGAAAUCUAGGUAAGCAAUGUCUACUGCACCACCCUGAUCUAUUAUUUUAGUUACCCAAUCAAAAAAAUCAAUUAGAUUAGUUUGGCAUGAUCUCCCUGAAGUAAACCCAUGUUAUCUCUGAUCUUGAAAUCCAUGUGUUUUUAGAUGUUCAACAAUCCUAUCCUUUAACAUGGUUUCCAUCACUUUCCCCACUACUGAAGUAAGGCUUACUGGCCUAUAGUUGCCUGACUCCUCUCUGCUACCUUUCUUGUGAAUGGGUACAACAUUCGCUAACUUCCAAUCUUCUGGGACUAUUCCUGUUAACAAUGAUUGGUUAAAUAAAUCCGUUAAUGGUUUUGCUAGUACACCACUAAGUUCUUUUAAUAACUUUGGGUGUAUCGCAUCAGGCCCCAUCGACUUAUUUGUCUUUACUUUUGACAGUUGAAAUAGAACCUCUUCCUCUGUAAACUCACACGUAACAAAUUACUCAUUUGUCCUUUUUCUUACUGAGGCCCCUUUCCUUCAUUUUAAUCUCUAAAUAAUGAACAAAAAUAUUGAGGCAAUCAGCUAGACAUUUAUCCUCUUCUACAUACAUUCCUUCUUUUGCUUUUAAUCUAACUAAUCCUUGUUUUACUUUCCUUUUCUCAUUUAUGUAUCUAAAAAAUGUUUUAUCCCCCUUUUUUACUGACUGUGCUAUUUUCUCUUGUGUGUGUGCUUUGGAAGCUCUUAUAACUUGCUUAGCCUCUUUUUGCCUAAUCUUAUAGAUCUAUCUGUCUUCCUCACUCUGUUUUUUUUUUAUAAUUACUAAAUGCUAACUGUGCGAAACCGACCUCGCCACUGGGCAUUGGAGAAGACUGACUGCCAGCCUCCUGCCAUGUGACUAUGGCCCCUGGGAUGUAUUGCCCUUUAAAGACAUGAUUUGGGCAUAAUGGAUUUGUGUUGUGCUGCUGCUGGCCCUUUAAGAACCAUCUGGGGACAUACUGUGGAGUUACUGGGUGGUCACCAUUUCCUGUAUCAGAGGCACAUGGUGAGAACCAUGGAUGAAGCACAUGGUGAGAACAAUGGAUGGCGGCCAUUUUAACUCACAGACACUGUUUGGACUUUUCAACACGGUGCCAUCUCGCCAGUAUUUGGUGCACAGAGACAUCGUGCAGUGGUUUUGGACUAUACAACAGGGGACACAUUAUACAGUGAUUGUUUUUCAUUUAACCUGUAUAUGUUAUGCAGAAUCUGCAUUAAACUGUAUCUUCCAAAGUACUGAACGGAUCUGGGUGAAUUUUGGAUAUGUGGUUCACCCAGAUCCCCCGGUUCCAAGGAUAUACUUUUUAUAUACUUUUUAUGGGGUUAUUGCAUGUUUUGGGGUCCCUGUGAUGUGUUUUAUGAAACUAUAUUUCUCUGUCUGUGAUAAUUAGAUUACCCUUUGUGUAAGGUAAUUGUAUUACAGGCAGAGGGGAGGAUUUUGUGUGGGAGUGUCUGUGUGUAUUGUACAGAUUGAUUGGUUGUUCUGUAAAACCUUGUGGGCAGUACUAAAUUUGUGGAUUGGGAAUAAAAGAGGCUGUAUGUGCCAGUACAGUGAGUUCCUGUUUUAACCCUCAAAGUGAAGUGUCGUCUCAUUAUUGGGGAAAGGAUUUAUUGUAUGCUGUUUCAGUUUGACUGCUAGGAGAGUAAACCUAUUCGUAUGGUUCCUAUUCAACUGUCUACAGCAUUCAUAGGCUUGAGAGGAUUCAUAUGCUUCUCCGGUUCGGUGGUUGUGGUGUCUGCUGCAGUGCUUGUGUAACCGUGUAAGCGUGCAGAAGCCGAACACAGAGAGAUGGACACAGGUAUUCAGGAAGUAAGAGGCCUUUAUUCACAUUACCGAUCGGGUCUCAGAUGAACUCCUGUUCCAAAAUUCUAAGCACUGAAUACAUAGAGUACAUUCCUUAUAUAGCACUGUAGCUCCUCCCAUAAUUAGCUACGCCCACACAUACCCUUAACCUAAUCAAUGAAUAGAGUCUAAACUCAACCUAUAUUAGACGGGCUGACUACAGAGCGUCUAAUGUCCAGAUAAGCGAACUAGAGGGCAGAAUUUACACCAAUACCCUUUUACACUAUAAAUAAUCUAGUGGCUGGAUUUACAACAGAGCACACUUAGUUAAGAUAGGGUGAAAUCAAGCAAACUAUAAUAUACAACAGAGUCUGCUUAGUUUCGCCAAUCUCCCCGACCUAGCAACCAAAAUUUACACCUAGCAUGCUAGUCAAGGCAGGACAUCGGUGUCCGACAUGAGCUAUUUACACCAGAACUCAGUCUGACAAUACCACCUAUAUUAGACGGGCUGACUACAGAGCGUCUAAUGUCCAGAUAAGCGUUGCGCCUUCGCUUCUUCCUUCCAGAGGGAAGGGGCCAAUUCCAAUAACCAGUUCCAAAUAUAAAACCCCUUGUGGGUCUACCGCUCUAACUGUAUCAGUCUUACCUGUUAGUUCCUGGACCUGGGUUCACACUCAUCGACGGAACACCCCGGUACUCACUGCGCAGAAGCCAAUGAUCUCCUGGACAAAAGGCCAGUAGCGCCGAGACGAAAGGAGGUCCACGCAGAAGUCCAGGGGUGCUGUCGUGGAGAACGUUGGUAAAGAUCUACCGUCUCACGUCUGUCUCAGCUACCGUGACGAUGAGCUUCCCGGCCAAUGCACCAGAGAUGUAACCGUGUAAGUGUGCAGAAGCCGAACACAGAGAGAUGGACACAGGUAUUCAGGAAGAGGCCUUUAUUCACAUUACCGAUCGGGUCUCAGAUGAACUCCUGUUCCAAAAUUCUGAGCACUGAAUACAUAGAGUACAUUCCUUAUAUAGCACUGUAGCUCCUCCCAUAAUUAGCUACGCCCACACAUACCCUUAACCUAAUCAAUGAAUAGAGUCUAAACCAGGGCCGGACUGGGGAAAAAAUUCGGCCCGGGCAUUUUUAAUUACAGCGGCCCACUGAAAAGGGGGCGGGACCAGAUAGGGUGUGUUUUGUCAUCCCCAAUGACAAGCACGCCCCAUCUCAAAGUGAGCAUGUUGGUUCAAUGCUCUUCCAGGGCAUGAGAAAAGGGCCCUGUAUUUGAUCUGCACAGCGCAAGCAAAUUUAAUAACAUGCUUGCAUUGUGUUUGCUUGAAACUUGUCUCAGGGGUUUCCAUAAUUGGAAUACUCACUGUAUCCCAUUUAUGGAGACACUAUGUGUUUGCUUAAAGGAUAUCUAGUGUGUUCAUAGGGGAUCCUGAGUGUGUAUGUCAGAAAUGUAGUGUGUGUGUAAGUGGUGCAGCGUCUGUGUGUAGGGGAUCUAGUGUGUGUUUGAAGGACUCCGGAGUGCGUAUAGGAGAUCUAGUGAGUGUGUGACUGGUGCUGUGUGUUUGGGGGGUGCUGUGUGUGUGAGGGGUGUAGUGUGCAUUUGUGAGGAGUAUAGUGUGUGUGGGAGGGUGCAGUAUGUGUGUGGGAGGGUGCUGUGUGUGAGGGCACUGUGCGAGGGUUCUGUGUAUUUGAGGGUGCUGUGUAUUUGAGGGUGAUGUGUGUGUGUGUGUGCUAGGUUGCUGUAUGUGUUAGGGUGCUGUGUCAAUGUUAGGGUGCUGUGUGUGUGUGUGUGUUAGGGUGCUGUGUCAAUGUUAGGGUGCUGGUGUUAGGGUGCUGUGUGUGUUUUAGGGUGCUGUGUGAGUGUUAGGGUGCUGUGUGUGUGUUAGGGUGAUGUGUCAAUGUUAGGGUGCUGGUAUUAGGGUGCUAUGUGUGUGUUGGGGUGCUGGUGUUAGGGUGCUGUGUGUGUGUUAUGGUUCUGUGUCAAUGUUAGGGUGCUGGUGUUAGGGUGCUGUGUGUGUGUUAGGGUUCUGUGUCAAUGUUAGGGUGCUGGUGUUAGGGUGCUGUGUGUGUGUUAGGGUUCUGUGUCAAUGUUAGGGUGCUGUGUGUGUGUUAGGGUGCUGUGUGUGUGUUAGGGUGCUGGUGUUAGGGUGCUGUGUGUGUGUUAGGGUGCUGUGUCAAUGUUAGGGUGCUGUGUGUGUGUUAGGGUGCUGGUGUUAGGGUGCUGUGUGUGUGUUAGGGUGCUGUGUCAAUGUUAGGGUGCUGGUGUUAGGGUGCUGUGUGAGUGUUAAGGUGCUGGUGUUAGGGUGCUGUGUCAAAGUUAGGGUGCUGGUGUUAGGGUGCUGUGUGAGUGUUAGGGUGCUGUGUCAAUGUUAGGGUGCUGGUGUUAGGGUGCUGUGUCAAUGUUAGAGUGCUGGUGUUAGGGUGCUGUGUAUGUGUUAGGGUGCUGGGUGUGUUUGCCAGGAUUUUGUAUUGGGGGAGGCAGGUAAAUGGAACUAUUAAUGUUUUACUAAAAAAUAAAAAUAAAUACAUAAUAAUAAAUAAUAAUAAUAAAUAAUAAAAAUAAAUAAUAAAAAUAAAUACAUAAUAAUAAAUACUAAUAAUAAAUACUAAUAAUAAAUAAUAAAAAUAAAUACAUACUAAUAAAUACUAAUAAUAAAUAAUAAUAAAUACUAAUAAGAAAUACUAAUAAUAAAUAAUAAAAAUAAAUACAUACUAAUAAUAAAUAAUAAAAAUAAAUACAUACUAAUAAAUACUAAUAAUAAAUACAUAAUAAUAAAUACAUUAUAUCCCCCCCACCCCCUCUAUUCUUACCUGUAGUCUGGAAGGGGGGGGGGGUCGUGCUCCUGCCAGCCAUCCCUGUUGGUCCUCGUGGUUAGUGAACUCUAGCCCUUUGGGGCUAGAGUUCACUCUCGCGAGACCCGGCCGGUUGCCAUAGCAACGGUCCGGAUCUCGCGAGAGAAACCCGGCGGAGCUGCAAGUUAGAGCUCCGCCGGGUCCUCUCUCCUGGCGGCUGGCUCCCUCCCUCUCUCCCCGCCGGCGGCCGCGUUUGAAUGCAUUUGGGCCGGUGAGGGAGAUCUUUGAUCUCCCCACCGGCCCUUCAUGGAACACAGCGGGGCCGGCGCUCGGAUAGCGCCGGCCCUGCAUAGACCGGCAGGGGAGAUCCUGGGACCUCCCCUGCCGGCCUCGGCCCAUGGCCACCGCGGCCCACCGGGCAUUUGCCCGGUGUGCCCGAUGGCCAGUCCGGGCCUGGUCUAAACUCAUCCAUCCGGUCUAACCACGUGGCUCAUGUGAAACAAAGGAGAGGGACGCGUAAUUCCAGUUCCUGCAUUCCUGCACAUGCUCAGUACAUUGAUGACAGUAUCUUAGCUACGUGUAACUAACUAACUGAUACUACAAACACAUGUACCUACAUAUGCCUUGUGGCAAUCUUGGCCUGCUAAACUUUUAUUUUACUGGAAUUCCAUCACAUCCCCCCCUUUGAUGCUUCUGAUUUAAAAUAAUUCCAGAUGCAUCAUCAAUCAUAGUUUGCCAACACCUCUCAAGUAGCCAUGAGCCAGAACAGACCUCGUAAGCAUCCUUAGCAUAUUCUUUUAGCAUUCCCCUUCCUGAAUAUUCUCUCUCUGGGCUAGAGGUUCAUAUUUACAGACAGCCAUUACAUGGGCAGCUGUCUUCCUCUCAAUAGUGCUGCCUACAACACUUCGUAUGGACCUGACCACUAAUGGAAUCAGGCAGGGAAGGAGGAAGCACAAGAAAUAUAAUAAAUACUUCUCCUCCUACUAAUGCCUUAAUCCCUCCAAGCUGCUCAUACCAACUUCCAAACCAACUACUUGGGUUAUACCCACUCCAGACCUGAGUAGGUACAUGCGCAAGUUUAACCAUGUGACUGGUAAGUUCAGCCACUGCCUGCCCUUCAUCUUUGUGCAGUUACUUAGAUUAAACUUUCCGCAUACACCUCUCUCUACUGCUAAUAAAUAGUCCAGAGCUAAUCUAUUUUGAUAGAUGGCUGAUCUCAUUCGGUAUUAUGUUUAGCUAGGAGAUUGAGCGCCUGUGCUGUCUCAUUUGUGAUCAUCUCAACCACCGCCUGUAGUCUUAUAAUACGAUUAAGCAUAUAGAUUGGGGUUCUAUAUCCAUAAGUACCAUCUUCUGCCCAAGUAGCCGGUCUAUAAUAAUUAAUAAUACGUUGGAGAGGCCACUCAUCAUCUUCCCAGCUACCUAUGUAAGAAAUUAUGACCCUCUUACAAGGAUAUUCUUUUAGGGAAUGUGUGACAAAUAAGACAUAAACACAAGUUUAUAAUAAAAUGUAUUGUAAAUAUUCAUUUAAGGAUACUGUUAGAUUUUAAAAGGAUAUACACAAUAUACAUUAUACAUUAUAUCCGGUACAAAAUUAAAAGCUACAUAAUAAAAGGGCAAUAUUUAAACAUUUAAAUGCAGGUCUUCCCCUUGCGCCUUCAUCUUGGGUAAUCUGGGACAGCCUCUCUCAGUUCACCAUGGCCCUGCUUGCUGCGUUGUCCUCUCCAAAGAGAGAGAGAAAGAGAGAGAGCCUUCCUUGGUUGUUGUCCUUUUAAAGACUGAUUCUUGGAGUAAUAAACUACAAGUCCCAGAAUCCCUUUUCCUUCCCAAAAGUGGUUUAUCCCGUCCUCUUUCUCCAGAGAGUUCUGUCUUUACACAAGUCUUUCCCUUUGAUCUUUUCCCUCCAGCCAUACUGUAACAUUGUGAAAGACCAGUUGAUUAGGUUUCUUGGUAGAUUGGACAGGAUUGCUUGGGAAAACACACACUUCCAUGGUUACACCUAGAUGUUAAAACUGGUUGGCAGGAGAACUGCUGGAGGGAUGUAAGCUUUUGUCUUAGCUGCGUGGUGUAAAAUGCAACUGAACGCUUUGAUCCUUAUCACACUGUUAUCAAGUAAAUGACCCCCACUUGUUAAACCAGUCACAUACACAGAAAGUAUUGCAGUUUGGAAUAUCAAUUUCUUACAGUCCCCACCUAGAGGGCGAAUGACUCAACAAGAAAAUGAGCCCUCUCAAAGAAAUACAGUAUUUGUAUUAUGUGUGUUUUAAAUGAUUAUGUGUUUUACUGAGACACAAAUGACUUGACUACCACAUAUAUUUAUAAUUUAGGGUACUGCAAGGCAUAAUUUAGCCAAAUCAUUGAGGCACUUACAGUUAUCAUUUUUCACCAUUAAUCGGAACUCCUUCAGCCAUAUCCGCAACCUUUCAUUACCCUCAUAGGCUCAGCAUCACUGCAACCAUUAGAUUUCACUCCCAUCACGCUCAGUUACCUGUGCCACCAGCACUGCUUCCACCACACUGUUCCUUUAACCCUGGCCUUCCUUACUUUGGGCUAUUAGGCCUCUGACCUCUGCCCACCAUGACACCUGGUGUAUUUUCACACCAACAGCAGUUCAUUUGCUGUUCACUUACAUAGUGUAUUAAAGAGACCACACAAGGGAGAAACACAGUUUAUUGUUUGGAGUGGGGAUCCGAGUGAAGGUGUUUGUGCACGUUUAUUGGGAGUUUAUUAAAAGUUGUAUAGCUGGAGUGGGUUUGUGUUUGAGCCCUUGAGGAUGUUUAAUAAGUUUUCGAUAGGCCCUUGGCUUCCGGAAAUUAAAAGAUUCUCAGCACAGAAAGUGCGCAGUGUUACAUUAUGCAAAUCACUAGUGGUUUGAUUAUCAUCCUUGUCUCAGUACUACCGUCUGGAUUCACAAGUUGUCAUCUAAAACAUUGUGAACACAAAUGUGAGCAAAAUGCAACCAGUAUUGAUGUGUACUCAUAACAGUAUAAAAUAAUUUACUAUAACCUUACUAAAACCAUAAAUAUUUAACCCCUUGUGGAAAACCAAAUAGAGCAAAUAGAAAAUGCUAAAUCAUAUAUUGUCACUCACCCCACCUUGACUCAAAAACAAUAUAAAAUAUACAAACUGGUCUAAUUUGUCUAUAUGCUAUACCCCACCUUGAGAGUAUAAAUUAAAACAAAAACAAACAAAGAAUAACCAUUAUCAUUCUAUUGUUCACCCAACCUUGACCCAAGGAAAUGUAAAAUAUAUGCAAUUAUCUGUUUUCCCUAUAUUCCCUUUAGAGUGUGAAAUACAAUAAAAAGCAUUAGAAAACAACAAAAUCAAAGAAGAUGGAGAGAGAAAAAAGUAGAUUGAAUGCUACCAUCACCUAUGGGCAUUGAACUGUAUACAAAGUUUGGCAGCGUGCAAUCUAAAAGAAACCUGACAAUGGUCUGUUGCCUUUCAAAGAUUAAAAUCAAAAAUCGGCUUGAGGCUAUUUAUGUUGGUAACCAAAUGAAAAAAAAGACAAAACCAAAAAUAUUUACUGUUGUAAACCAACAGACAGUUACACUAUCACAUCUCUCCAGUGUGAUCAACGUAUAAGCCUCACGUUAGCAACAAUUCAUCUAAUCUAGAAAUAUAUAAAAUUAGUAAUCCAGUAUCAAAAUACAAAAAUAAAAAUAAAACAUAGCUGUUAGUGCAGGUGUGCUAAACUAAUAAAAAACAAAAAUAAUUUGGAAUUUGGACCACCUGACUGUAAUGAAUGAGUUUAGAGGCUUAUCCUUAAUAUGAAAAAAAAAUAUAUAAAACUACAUAUUAAGGUCCUCUAUAAACUGGAACUGUAUUUUUCCUGAAAUAAAUAAACAUGUUAAAUGGUUGGUCUUCUCACAGGUCUAUAUUUGUCUUCCUUCUCAAUUGGCAUCAUCUCCGUAGUUUUCUAAAAAAAAAAAAAAACUUCAAGAGAAAGUUAAUACCACACAAAUAGAAUAGGUCAUUCAAGAAAAACUGUAUCUGUUAUCAGAUUCUUUGUGUUAACCAUCUCCUCUAAUCUACUUAAUUGUGCCUUGAGACAAUCCAGUUUUUCAAGGAACUCAUUACGUUCACAUGUAAGAGAAAGAUUUUCUGCCUUUAGUUGUCUAUUCUGUGCUUUAAGCACAUGGUAGGGAAUCCAAGGUCCUGUGGGGGGGAUACCAUUAUUAUCUUUUCUCUAUGAUCUCCACCUAGGGUGAUUAUUUUUAUUUCCAAGAGUCCAUCUAUCACACAUGGGCCUUUCAUGAUGAAUAUGCACAUCUGAUUUACAAAAUUUUUCAAUAUGUCCCAUCCUACCACACCUAAAACAUGUAAUGGAUUUUAUAUGUGGGGACUUUCUCUGAUUGAUAUAUCCGUGAGGUUGGGGACUUUGUAUCAAUGACACUUGUCUUUUAUUUACUUUUUCUUGAUUUAGUAAAAUUGCUUCAGCCCUUUUUAAGCAAUUCAGUAUAUUUACAAAGGUGUCCUGUGGGGACACAGUUAAACCAAUUAACCCUCGAAUAUCUGGCAGUGUCCUAUUAAGUAAUGCUUUCUUAUAUGCAUAUUCAUUCUGAUCAGCAUGUGCUCCAGGUGGAACAGUCAGUUUGAAUAAAACAAAUAACCUAUUUACAAACCCUUGAACAGACUCCCCUCUCUUCUGCGCACAAUUACCAAAAGCAAAAUGAUGAUUUAUUUCCUCUAGACCAAGCGCGUUUAAUAACUCUUUGAAAAGUUGUUGCUUGGUUCUAGGUUCUAUAAAUAUCUCAUGUGGCAGACUUGCUCUUAGUGACUGGUCUGUACUAGCAAUUAUAACAUCAAAAAUAUCCAAUUCAUUUAAGUUUCAGUGGAUUUUUUCAAAUUGAUCAAUUUUUAACAUUACAUCUACUGGAUCAUCAUCCAAGCGUAUACAUCCCAGUUCUUUGCUCAGUGCAAUAACCUCUGUAUGUUUUAAGGAAUGGGUCACAGUAGUUUUAUGUAGUACAUUUCCCUGUGCAUCCACCAUGUGCUCUGUAGAUACUGGUCCCAUUUUAGAAGGAAUACUGCGCUCACAAAUACCAUAAACAUCUGCAAAAACACCACACUCUAUGUUAUGUACAACAUUUGUAUUGGGUUCUGCAGCAUUGCAUGCAGGUCCAACAGCAUUUCUAUUUUGUAAUUGGGAUUUCAAUGAAUUCAUUUGAUACAUGCAAUCUGAAUGAUCAGCCUCUUUCUGGCUGCUGGAUGCAAGGAUCCUAAUAGCACCCUCUGCAUCCUUCAGCCUUUCUACAAGCUGCUCAUUACGACUGCGCAAUUCCUCAUUUUCAAGACGCAUUUGCUGACUACCUACACACAAAGCAGCAGCAUUUUGCGCAGACAGCUUAAAACCUUCCACUUCAUUCUUUAAACUCAAAACAUCUGCCUCUAAUUUCUCUUUUUGCCUAUUUAAAGAUUUAUACUUAUCCGCAAUCCAACGGGCAGCAUAAAUCAAAGCAUUUUUACCACUAGAUUUGGACAAUUUAUUUUCAAUAAUUGCCCUGGCCACAUAAUCCUGAGCAUUAAGCCACGGAUCUAAUGCACCAUCCAUACAUUUAAUUAUUGCUUCUGGAUUAGACACCUUAGCAAUCUUUUUCAAUAAACUCUCCAUCAUUGACAGCGCACAAUUCACUGAAAUGUCUAAACACUAUAUCUGAACAGUAUCCAAAAGUAAAUAUACAAUCUAUACAAUUAUGAAUUUGCUUAUAAAUCACACUAAAUCCCUCCUACCUGGCACGCCAAUUUGUAAGAAAUUAUGACCCUCUUACAAGGAUAUUCUUUUAGGGAAUGUGUGACAAAUAAGACAUAAACACAAGUGUAUAAUAAAAUGUAUUGUAAAUAUUCAUUUAAGGAUACUGUUAGAUUUUAAAAGGAUAUACACAAUAUACAUUAUACAUUAUAUCCGGUACAUAAUCAAAAGCUACAUAAUAAAACAUUAUAGGCUUUUUGUCCCAAGCAGGUUAGCUCACCUACAGACGUGUUAUACAUUGUCCCUUUCCUGGCUAUACAAACAUGACCUAUAAUGGAGGUUUUCAACCGCCAUCCUGAUUUACCUCUAGUACUCACUUGAUGAUCAGACUGAGAGAGUAUCUGUUGUUCAUCUGUCUCAGAACCAGGGUACCAUGCCUCCUUUGCUUCCCAUGGCCACUGGUCUCCCAUGUUAGUACCUCCACAUACAUAGCAAUUAGUUACAUUAAGCCUACCCGCAAUACUCUCAGCCAAAUCAAUAAAUAGGUUCUUAACAUUAUGGGAAAUUUUAUCCUCAACACUCAUCUCCUCAUAAAAGGAAUGGAAAACCUGAUGAGUUUGAGUUGCCACUGUCUCAGUUUCAAGACCUACAUAUAUUAUUGUUCCUGGAUCUACUCCUGUGCCUUGUAUUUGGAACCCAAAAAUAUUUCCAAAUUUGUCAAUAAAAUGCUGGGGAUUAGAGAUGGUCAUACGGACCGGAUUACAUUCCAUAGAUUUACAGUAUGGUGUGGUAGGCAACCUUUGGAUAAUCAUAUCUUGAUCCACUGUUUUUCCCCAGGUUGCCCACCCUACACAAAACCAAUAGGGACAAAAAUUAUAAUCUCUAUUUGGGCAAUCAGGAUCAGUAGAUCUUUUACUGGGACAUAAGUAUUUAUCAUUACACCCACAAGUUCGUUCCCAUUUAAGAUUACCACAUACAUUCCAAGGUUUUCCACUACCCGAGAUCGCCUUACAUGCAUCAAAUAGUAGAAUACCCGUAGAAUGUAUGGUAUUUAUCACCAUCCUAUUUAUCAAGGUCCCCUGAGAGUUGCUAUUCCGAAUUACCCACCAAAUUGUACGGGGUUGGAAUUGGGGAUCAAAACAUUUAGACUCUCCUUCUGCUAGGUGACACACACUGUAAUCAAUAUCCAAAUAUCGACAUUUAGAUACAGACCGCUUACAUUCAUACUGUGAGUGCCAAAUAAGAGUUUGGGAUAUUUGAUUACCUGUCUUAGUAGUCUUAAUGCAACUAUCACAAUUCUGUAUGUCUGUACUCUUACCUCCCUGAAAAUUUAUAAUAACACAUAAAUACACAAUAAAAUUUAUUAUUCCUGGUAUCCUCAUUCUUGUUUCUUCGACCGUGCGACGGCACCUCAGCUUCCCACUUGUGAGGGCUGCAAGGAUUGGCGUUCUUCUGAUCCUCACUUUCCUUCACAGAGAUCUCUUCGAGACACUCUGACUUAUGACACGUAGGCAGAUGGUCAGGCUUUAUUAUGGCCGUCAAAACACCUACUUGCUGAUCUCAAAAUAAUACUUCCAACCACGAUGUCCCAAUACUUCACAUUCACUCCGACUGAGUCACCCGCUUUAACCGGAUCUUGAAAGGAUUUUCAGGAUCUGGAAUGGCUUGCCAAAAGUCUGCUGCUGAUUUAACCCUAGAGUGAUGAAUCCACUGAGUCACUUCUGCCACCUUUACAGCUGUUGGAGUGGACAAAAGAACAACAUAAGGACCUCUCCAUUUCGGACCUAAUGGAACACUAUUCUAUUCUUUUAUCCCCACUUGAUCUCCUGGAUGGUAAGAAUGAACAGGUGGAUAUAUGUUCACAGGUAACCUAUCUUGUACCCAUUUCUGUACUUCCAACAUAGUUCUACCCAACUCUACAACCUGCUGCCGAGUAAUUCCUUCUUUCACAUAGCUACUACCAUCCGUAUAAUACUGUACAUCCGGGUCCUGAAUGGGAAAGUCAUGAAGGUCCGGUCGGCUUGAAAACACCUCAUCCAUUAUCUCUAAACAAUCAUGUUGACUUUCAUUACAUUGUGGCAAAAGGGUAGCUGGAUUCAGGGUAUUAACAGUCUCAAGGUGUACUCUUGGAUUUUCACAUAACAUGGCUUGAUAUUUAGUCAUUCGACUGUUGCUAAACCAAUGAUUUCCCUUAUAAUCCAAGAGGGUCUGUACUGCAUGAGGUACUCGCACGUGGAGUUCCUGUCCCAGUGUAAGCUUGUCAGCUUCUGCUACCAACAGGACAGCGGCGGUCACUGCUCGCAGACAAGGUGGAAGACCACUGGCCACUGCAUCCAACUGUUUGGACAUGUAAGCUACAGGUCUUUGCCAUGAUCCCAAAUAUUGAGUUAAUACUCCCACAGCCAUUCUUCUUUGCUCAUGUACGUACAGAUAGAAAGGACGUGUAUGAUCAGGUAGACCUAGGGCUGGGGCACUCAUUAGUGCUUUCUUGAUAUCCUCAAAUGCCUUCUGCUGUUCAGUAGUCCAGUAACCCAAUGUUCUGUGCCUUUUAUAGCCCCAUAUAAGGGUUUCGCCAAUAUUGCGUAAUUAGGAAUCCAUAUCCUGCAGAAUCCUGCUGCUCCUAAGAAUUCUCACACCUGUCUUCUAUUCUUAGGUAUUGGCAUCUGACAUACCGCUUCUUUCCUUUCGGGUCCAUUAUCCUUUGACCUUCAGAGAUAUGGAAUCCUAAAUACUUGACAGUUGACUAGCACAAUUGCAGUUUCUUCCUAGAUACUUUGUAUCCUGCCUUCCAGAAAAUUUGAAGUAGAUCAUAAGUUGCUUGUUGGCAUAUCUCUUUAGUAAUUGCCGCUAUCAACAAAUCAUCCACAUACUGAAGUAAUACACAUUCUCCUGGGAUGGACUUGAAAUCUUGCAAAUCCUGGCUUAAUGCGGAUCCAAAUAGGGUGGGUGAAUUCUUGAACCCUUGAGGUAAUCUAGUCCAAGUCAUCUGACGCUUUGAACCUGUAACAGCAUCUUCCCAUUGGAAGGCAAAGAUACACUGACUUUCAGCAGCAAUUCGAAGACAAAAGAAAGCAUCCUUAAGAUCUAAGACUGUAAAGUAUGUUGCCCCACCUGGUAUCAAGGCAAGCAGAUUGUAAGGAUUGGGUACAACUGGGUGUAUAUUAACUACCGCAUCAUUAACUGCUCUCAAAUCCUGUACAGGACGAUAUUCGUCCUAUCUUGGUUUUUGAACAGGUAAUAAUGGAGUGUUCCAGGAGGAAGUACAGAAUUUUAGGAUGCCAUACCUUACGAACUUAUCCAAGUAGGUCUGUAUGUUUCUCUUUGCCUUUUGGGGUAUAUGGUACUGUCGUAGACUAACGGGAUAGGCCCCAAGCUUCAACCCAAUACGUAUAGGUGGAAUAUUACGGGCAAGAUUAUUUUCUGCCCAUACUCCUAGAAUGUCAAAUAGGGAUUCAUCACUCUUAGGAUUUACACUUGUCAUUAUAGUAUAGAAGCGCCAUUCUUCUUCCCUUGGUACCGAUAUCGCCAUUAUGCCCGAUGAUCCCUUAAACUUCAGAGAUGUUGAUCCAUUAGGUAAAAAGGUUAUCUGGGCUUGAAGCUUUGAUAAUAAAUCUCGUCCUAGAAGUUAGAUUGGACACUCAGGCAUAUAUAGAAAUUGGUGCUUCACCAAAUGGCCUCCCAGAAUGCAAGUGUGACUCUUAAGAACCGGUCUAGCAGUGCUCUUCCCAGUAGCUCCUAUCACAGUUAUAGUCUUCCCCGAAGGCGGAGCCACCAUCUUAGUCACCACAGAAUGUUCAGCACCUGUGUCGAUCAUGAAAGGACUUCUCUUUCCCCCUAUUGCUACAUCGACCAUAGGCUCUGCUUGACCAAGGGGGAUGGAGCCGGUCGGUAUCAAUAGUCUUCCAUGAUAGUGUCAGCCUAACCCACAAAAUCUCUAUCCUCUCUUUCUCUAGGUCUCUGCUUGGGUGGAUAGUAUCUGUCUCCUUGAACACUUCCUCUACUAUUCCCACCAUUCCCUCUAAAACUUCCUCUUCCUCUAUAAUUCCCACUAUAACCUCCUAGUACCCUUCUCUCUCCUUGUCUAUCACCUUCAUACUGCUCUCUCUGUGGACACUCACUCUUCCAAUGUCCCUCCUUUCUACAAUACGCACAUUGAUUCCUACUUAAAGGUCCCUUACUCAGCCUAUUCUCGACUCCUUUAUUCACUUCUCUUCCCUGUCUUUCUACACUUGUGAUAGCUACCGCUAGCAUAUCUACCUUUUUCCUCAUCUUACGUUCUUCCUCACGCUUUGUCUCAAUUUCCCUAUUCAUAUACACCUUAUUUGCAACCUCCAUUAGCUGUGAUAUGGAUAUCCCUGCAAAUCCCUCUAAUUUCUGUAAUUUCCUUUUAAUAUCACCUUGGGCCUGGCUGACAAAUGCUGAAUUAAUCAUCCUAGAAUUCUCAGGAGCCUUUGGAUUAAAAGGAGUAUACAACCUAUAUGACUCCAAUAAUCUCUCAUAAAAGGUACUAGGUGACUCAUCAACCUUUUGCAACACCUCAACCGUCUUUGACAUAUUGAUUGCCUUCUUCCCUCCUUCCUUCAUGCCAGCAAUUAUGGCUUCCCGAUAAGCCCUUAGUUGGGGCAUGUCAGUGCCAUUUACGUUCCAAAGGUCAGUAAUAAUUGCUGACAAUCAGCCCAGGUGGGAUUGUGUGUUUGUAUAAUAGAGGGAACCAAAUCUGUCAUGGCUUGAAGCUUAUCAGUGUAUGAAGAAUUAUGUGUCUUCCAAUUAAAUAAGUCAGUCAUAGUGAAAGGAAAACAAAUACAGGGUCUGCAUGUUGCAAUUGACCAUUAUUGUCAACGUGUGCUGGGCCCGGUGUAAGUCGGAGAGGCAUUUGGUAAUGUCGGGGUUGGAGGGUACCAGUCAUCUGUCGGGUUAAUACAGGGCUUUGGCAAGGCUGCUCAGUAAUAGGUUCCAGUCUGAGAGUAGUAAGAUAGGUGGAAGGGGGUGAGCUAAUUUUACUAGUCAGCAUUUGGUGGAUGAAAUUUUUUUAAAAAGUGUUAAACCAAAAACCUACCAGUAGGUGUCACCAGAGGGUAAUUGUAUCAAAAUAAUCUUUAUGGGUCUAAUAAUAAAACUUAACUUUUAAUAUAUUUAUACAUAAAAUAAAACCUUAUAGCAAUAAAUAUAUUAAAAUAGGAUAAACAAUCCUACUUCUGUCUGUUAUAUGCCAGUAUAGCGUUAAAGAUAAUUAUGCAAUGUAAUAUCAAUAUAACUCCCGAAGAUGGCCAGUAGGUGGCCCUAGAGUACCUCCCUAAAAUCUUAUGAAGCAGAUAAACUGUAGUUAUGUGCUUAUUUUAGUUCUAUGGUAAAUUAAACAUCUCAGUUUGUAUUUUAGUAAAAGGGAUAUUUUGAACAAAGCUGGGAGGGGCCCAUCCAGUAACUUAAAAAAGGAUAAAGAUGUACUCUAGCAUCUUAUACCAUUGAUCAUUUCUUCCAGUUGUAUUUUAGACUGUCACUGAAUGAUUGUCAGUAGUUGUCAGUAGUUUUAGUGCUAUUUCAAUGAUUAUGGUACAAUGUCAUUGUUGAGAAUUAUCUGAUCCAAUAGACUCAGUUAAUGUUAUUAAGAAUUCUCCUCACAAUUUAACUGUUAAUAAAAUUCAAUGCUAAAAUACACUCCUACCAAAAAGGAAGUCAAAUCAAAUUACAAAUAACCAGUUUGUACAGAAAUACAAGAGUUUGAAAGAAAAGAACAGAUAGGUAUGUAGGUAGGCGUGGGCAAUAGAGUAGGGGGAGUGCAAAUACCAGCUAUACCAGUUUUGGGCUACUCUGGCUCUGGAGGAUGAAUUAGGGGUUGGUAAUCAGAAGCAAGGGAGGGGGGGGAGGGGGGGGAGAGAGGUGUCCAAGCAGUUGUAAUUAAGGUCUUAGUGGACAAACAGGUUCUGGCUACAAUGGACUCCAUUGUUCCUCUUAGCACAGCUUGUUCCAUUUAGCAGUGUUUCAACAAUCUGUAUACAGAAACUACUCGUAUAGCCCCAGCAUAUUAUUUAUAACACUGUAAACCUGCUGUAUUAAAUCUGGAUCAAGGAUCCACAGGAACACUGGUUACCAGAACAGGCCGUCCUCUGCUAAACAGAGUAUUUUAAUCUUUUGUGGGACAGUGUUACAACAUAUUUCUUAGAAAAGUUUUUUUUUUUUUGACACAUACAAGACAAAGGACUGUUUGUGAAUCAGAAGCACCCAUAAUUUCAACAGAGCGUCUGAUUCAAAGCAGUACAAAUAUACAAACAGUUUCAACAGUCACACCAGUUACCUUAGCAACAGCACCACGUGGCACAGUUACUAGGCCAAACACAUACCAAAAACACGAAGAGAAUUCUCAUACACACAGAGCGCUAACACGACGUCUUCACACACAAAAAUUCACCAAACACUAGAUACUCAUCACUGUAACUAUAAAUCAAACCAUGCAACCAUCCAUGCAGUAAAUCAACUCUCAAUUACCAGACUAUAACACACUCCAGUAACAUCAUCUUUACAAUCAGUAGUUAUAGUACGGUUAGCAAGUGGUUAUGGUACAGUUUUAGAAUCACAGGUCGAUUAGUAACAGUUAUGGUGUUACACAUAUAACAUCAAACAACAGAUUGUUAGUAGUUAUAUACAAUACAAAAUGUCUGUAAUUAUAAUACAUGUUAGUGGUUAUGGUACCGUGCACUAUUAUACAGUUAUACACACAAUUUACACUCCCACUAGACGGCAGAGCUCUAACUUUCUAGUAGGACAUACAAGUUAACCAAUUCACCAACUACAAUAUAUUUAACAACAUUUACAAUAAUCCCAACUAUUCUAACUGGCCAGCACCUCGAGAGCUUUCGAUCUAUUUGUACACCAGAGAUUCAAUAAGUUCUUCGCUGCCCAGACACCAUGUAUAGCGAACUAGAGGGCAGAAUUUACACCAAUACCCUUUUACACUAUAAAUAAUCUAGUGGCUGGAUUUACAACAGAGCACACUUAGUUAAGAUAGGGUGAAAUCUAGCAAACUAUAAUAUACAACAGAGUCUGCUUAGUUUCGCCAAUCUCCCCGACCUAGCAACCAAAAUUUACACCUAGCAUGCUAGUCAAGGCAGGACAUCGGUGUCCGACAUGAGCUAUUUACACCAGAACUCAGUCUGACAAUACCACCUAUAUUAGACGGGCUGACUACAGAGCGUCUAAUGUCCAGAUAAGCGUUGCGCCUUCGCUUCUUCCUUCCAGAGGGAAGGGGCCAAUUCCAAUAACCAGUUCCAAAUAUAAAACCCCUUGUGGGUCUACCGCUCUAACUGUAUCAGUCUUACCUGUUAGUUCCUGGACCUGGGUUCACACUCAUCGACGGAACACCCCGGUACUCACUGCGCAGAAGCCAAUGAUCUCCUGGACAAAAGGCCAGUAGCGCCGAGACGAAAGGAGGUCCACGCAGAAGUCCAGGGGUGCUGUCGUGGAGAACGUUGGUAAAGAUCUACCGUCUCACGUCUGUCUCAGCUACCGUGACGAUGAGCUUCCCGGCCAAUGCACCAGAGAUGUAACCGUGUAAGUGUGCAGAAGCCGAACACAGAGAGAUGGACACAGGUAUUCAGGAAGAGGCCUUUAUUCACAUUACCGAUCGGGUCUCAGAUGAACUCCUGUUCCAAAAUUCUGAGCACUGAAUACAUAGAGUACAUUCCUUAUAUAGCACUGUAGCUCCUCCCAUAAUUAGCUACGCCCACACAUACCCUUAACCUAAUCAAUUAAUAGAGUCUAAACUCAUCCAUCCGGUCUAACCACGUGGCUCAUGUGAAACAAAGGAGAGGGACGCGUAAUUCCAGUUCCUGCAUUCCUGCACAUGCUCAGUACAUUGAUGACAGUAUCUUAGCUACGUGUAACUAACUAACUGAUACUACAAACACAUGUACCUACAUAUGCCUUGUGGCAAUCUUGGCCUGCUAAACUUUUAUUUUACUGGAAUUCCAUCACACUUGGAGUCCUCAGGAAGCGCUAGGCGCAUCCUUUAACGGAGGUACCCAGUCAGGGUGCCAGGUGAUCCGUUACAUUGGUGGCAAGCGGUGGGAUGGCUUCCUAGCCUUGGGAAAUCCAGCACUACUUCAGAGAUGGAAGGCCGUGCAGUAUCUCACUUUGACGCCAGGCUCCAGCAGCGACUACAGGAUGUGAUGCGCAGUAUGGAGUAUCCUAUCCCAGAUGAAAGAGAGACAGAGUGGAGGGUGGCGCUUCGUACCGAUCUCUGGAAGGAAGACAUCGACGAAAUUCCACCCUUCCGGUGUGAGGAAAUCCUGACCACUAACCAGCGCCAAGCAGAACAACUAGAGCUGCGGAUGCUGUUAUUGGGAAACCAGCCCUCAGAGGAAUGGAUAAGCGAACUGGAGACGCUAGUGGAGACUGAGGUGUGGCUGGAUGAUUCCUAUCGGGCCCUGCGGUGGCAUGUUUACCACCUCUACCCAUGGCUGAUUGAGUACAAGUGUAUUGAGGGGGAAGACUACGAUGGCCCUGGUUUGUUGUGGGAUACUAUUGAAACUAGUCUCUGGUUCGGAUACAACCAACAUUGCUCGGUUCUGGUCCAUCCGAGCUGAGCGGGCAGACAACUGGGACCUUACGGAGAUCGAUGCCAUUCAGCCAGAUCUAUCUUUUCUUGCCAACCGAGAGUGGGAACUAGAACAGGAUUAUGUUUGCCUAUUCCAACGUAUAACGCCGCCUGUCUCUGACAUGAAGGGGCUUAUUGACUGUAUACCACCGAAAGCAUUGAGUUUAGUUCCUCCUCCCCAGCAACCACAUAUGUCCCAACCAGCCCCAGAGAUGGAAGACCUUAUUGACUUGUCCUGGGAAGACACCCAGCUGGCAGGUGCAGAUGGGACCGAGGUCUCUCAACAGGCCCUACAUGGAUGCUGGGCAGUCGGCCCAGAUCCCCAGCGGCAGUAUGUAUCCCAGGGAGCUGAAGGUGCCGUCCUUCCUCCCCAGCGGCAGUGUGUGUCGUUAGGAGAGGAGACAGUUGGUCCCUCUCCCCAGCAGUUCAGUGAGUUACAGGUAGAUGAAGGUGCCAUCCUUCUUCCCCAGCGGCAGUGUGUCCUGCAGGAAGCGGAGACAGUCAGUCUCGCUCCCCAGCAGCAGGACAAUAUAUUAAAAGGGGAGACAGUCGGUCUCCCCCUCCAACAGCAGAAAGAGUGUCAGGGAGAGGAGCUUGUUAUCCCCUCUCCCCAGCGGCUGAAAGUAUGUAUGGGAGAGGAGCUUGUUACCCCCUCUCCCCAGCGGCUGAAAGUAUGUAUGGGAGAGGAGCUUGUUACCCCCUCUCCCCAGCGGCUGAAAGUAUGUAUGGGAGAGGAGCUUGUUACCCCCUCUCCCCAGCAGCUGAAAGUAUGUAUAGGAGAGGAGCUUGUUACCCCCUCUCCCCAGCAGCAGCUUAGCCCACCAAGGGGAGACAGUAAUCUCCACAACAGUGCAGACGGGACCGUGGUCUCUGCACAUGCACCACCGGGGGUAGGGACAGUCGGUCCUGUCCCCCAGCAGCAGGGCUGUUUAUCCAAAGGGGAGACAGCCUGUCUUCCACUCCCACCCAGCAACCCAUCGAUCCAGAGCCAAGGUGGAGCUCCUGGACAAGCGACCCACUACUCCAGGUGUAGUAACCAAUUUUCGUGGGUGCGUUAUACUGCGGUUUCUGUUUUGUGGGUGGGUUGCUUGGCUAACCAAGGCACUGACCGACAGGAGGUCAGAUACCUUGUUAGUCUUUUUGGGAAAGGGGAGAAAUGUGGCGAAACCGACAUCGCCACUGGGCAUUGGAGAAGACUGAUUGCCAGCCUCCUGCCAUGUGACUAUGGCCCCUGGGAUGUAUUGCCCUUUAAAGACAUGAUUUGGGCAUAAUGGAUUUGUGUUGUGCUGCUGCUGGCCCUUUAAGAACCAUCUGGGGACAUACUGUGGAGUUACUGGGUGGUCACCAUUUCCUGUAUCAGAGGCACAUGGUGAGAACAAUGGAUGAAGCACAUGGUGAGAACAAUGGAUGGCGGCCAUUUUAACUCACAGACACUGUUUGGACUUUUCAACACGGUGUCAUCUCGCCAGUAUUUGGUGCACAGAGACAUUGUGCAGUGGUUUUGGACUAUACAACAUUUUGGUGCACAGAGACAUUAUACAGUGAUUGUUUUUCAUUUAACCUGUAUAUGUUCUGCAGAAUCUGCAUUAAACUGUAUCUUCCAAAGUACUGAACGGAUCUGGGUGAAUUUUGGAUAUGUGGUUCACCCAGAUCCCCCGGUUCCAAGGAUAUACUUUUUAUAUACUUUUUAUGGGGUUAUUGCAUGUUUUGGGGUCCCUGUGAUGUGUUUUAUGAAACUGUAUUUCUCUGUCUGUGAUAAUUAGAUUACCCUUUGUGUAAGGUAAUUGUAUUACAGGCAGAGGGGAGGAUUUUGUGUGGGAGUGUCUGUGUGUAUUUUAUAGAUUGAUUGGUUGUUCUGUAAAACCCUGUGGGCAGUACUAAAUUUGUGGAUUGGGAAUAAAAGAGGCUGUAUGUGCCAGUACAGUGAGUUCCUGUUUUAACCCUCAAAGUGAAGUGUUGUCUCAUUACUGGGGAAAGGAUUUAUUGUAUGCUGUUCCAGUUUGACUGCUAGGAGAGUAAACCUAUUCGUAUGGUUCCUAUUCAACUGUCUACAGCAUUCAUAUGCUUGAGAGGAUUCAUAUGCUUCUCCGGUUCGGUGGUUGUGGUGUCUGCUGCAGUGCUUGGAGUCCUCAGGAAGCGCUAGGAGUAUCCUUUAACGGAGGUACCCAGUCGGGGUGCCAGGUGAUCCGUUACACUAACUUUUUGUUUUUUUACUAUUUUGGCCACAUCUGCGGAGUACCACAGUGGUUUCUUACAUUUUUUGCUUUUACUGACAAGCCUAAUGCAAUUUUCUGUUGCCUUUAGCAGUGCAACGUUUAAAUAAUCCCAUUUCUCUUGCACUACAUUUAAAUUGCUCCAAUCUGAUAAUGACUCCUUUACGCAUAUUCUAAUUUUAGAAAAGUCUGUUUUUCUAAAGUCUAAAACUUUUGUUUUUGUGUGGUGUGACUCAGUCACUGUUCUUAUAUUAAACCACACUGACUGAUGAUCACGGGAUCCUAAAUUUUCACCUACAGUAAUAUCUGAUACCAAAUCUCCAUUUGUAAACACUAAAUCUAGUAUGGCCUCCUUACAAGUUGGUUCCCCAACGAGUUGUUUUAGAGACAAUCCCAGUAGGGAGUUUAGAAUAUGUGUGCUCCUGGCACAAGCAGCUAUUUUGGAUUUCCAGUUAACAUCAGGAAGAUUAAAGUCACCCAUGAUGAUAACUUCCCUCUUCAUUGUCAUUUUAGCCUUUUCCUCAGCUAGUAGAUUAUCUAACUCUUCUAUUUGUCCUGGGGGACGUAAAUCACACCUACACGAGUUACUGUGUGAUUACCAAAUUCUAACUUAACCUCUAUGUUCGCCUCACUAACUUUUAUUAGGCUAGAUUUUAUGCUAUCCUUCACAUACAGGACCAUCCCUCCCCCUUUCUUGCCUUCCCUGUCUUUUCUAUAUAAAGAGUACCCUGGUAUUGCUAUGUCCCAGUCAUUUUUCUCAUUAUACCAUAUCUCAGUAACAUCAACUAAAUCUACAUUCUCAGUUGCCAUUAUUGCCACAAGUUCAUGGAUCUUAUUCCCUAAACUGUGAGCAUUUGUAGACAUGACUCUAAGCUUAUCAUUUUUUAACACACUUGCUACAGGCACCUUCUGUCCUUGUUUUGGGGGACAAUUGGAUUGAUGUUUUAUCACCCUUUUGCCCCCCACCUCCUAGUUUAAAUACUUCCUAGCAAAAUCUCUGAACUGCUCACUGAGAACAUUUGUUCCCUUUUGAGAAAGAUGCAAACCAUCUUUUUUGUACAGUUCAUUUCUAUUCCAAAUAGAGCUACCAUGAGAAACAAAGCCAAAUCCUUGCUCCCGACACCAUUCACCAAGCCACAAGUUAAAGUCCCUAAUACGCAUCCGCCUGUCACUUCUGAGUGUUAUGCACAGGCAGAACUUCAGAGAAUGACAGUGUGGAAGCAACCUGCCGUAUAUCAUUGGCAAGAACACAAAAUCCUUCCUUUACCUCAGAAACCUCAUUACAAGCCAAAUCAUUUGUCCAAGAUGGACAAGUACCUCUAAUUCCCUUUCCUGCUUUGUUUGCUUAACAAUAUUACAAAUAUGUCUCCUGUCUCUGUGACCAGUAGCUCCAGGAAGACAUCUAACAAAGCCACUAUUGUUCAACUCUACACCUCUUAAAGGACCACUAUAGGCACCCAGACCACUUCAGCUUAAUGAAGUGGUCUGGGUGCCAGGUCCAGCUAGGGUUAACCCUUUUUUCUAUAAACAUAGCAGUUUCAGAGAAACUGCUAUCUUUAUAAAUGGGUUAAUCCAGCCUCUAGUGGCUGUCUCAUUGACAGCCGCUAGAGGGCUUCCGCGCUUCUCACUGUGAUUUUCACAGUGAGAAGACGCCAGCGUCCAUAGGAAAGCAUUGUGAAUGCUUUCCUAUGGACUGGAUGAAUGCGCGCGCGGCUCCUGCUGCGCAUGCGCAUUCAGCCGAAGAGGAGGAGGAGAGCUCCCCGCCCGGUGCUGGAGAAAGAGGUAAGUUUAACCCCUUCCUCACCCUAGAGCCCGGCGAGAAGGGGACCCUGAGGGUGGGGGCACCCUCAGGGCACCAUAGUGCCAGGAAAAAGAGUAUGAGUAAGAUAGAAUCCCCUAACAACAACUGUUUUCGAUCAGGCCUCACCUUGUCCCUUUUGUCUUGGGGUGCACUCUUGCUCACUUUAGGAAUAGAGGAUGGUGGUUGCCUGAGCCUUUCUCCGUAACACCACUAAAAUCUGAAAGUGCAGAAAAUGAAUUAUGUAAAGACACAGACUGUGCAAUAUGCCUUUUGUCCACAUCUCUAUGUCUACCAGAUCCUAAAGUAAUCUAUCUGCCAUUCCUAGGACAUCUCUGCGGCAGUGGGUUUGCAACAGUCCCAGCCUGAGAUUGUUUAACAGAUAAUUUACAAAUCUCCGACUUCAAAAAUGCAAUCUCCUGCUGCAAUAUAGAGAACUGUCUACAGAUUACACAACAACCAAACCUCCAAAAAGUGAAACAAAUGUACAACAACUAUUACACUGAAACAAGUCUGCCAUUUUAAUGAGAUGAGGGGUUUAAAUCAAACAAAUCUUACUUUUUGUUUCUUUUUUUUUUUUUUUCACGUUCUGUGUACCUCAGACUAAUUCCAGUUUAUCUCCAAAUGCACUUUGUAGCAGCACUUAGAAGCAGCUGCCAAGCUCUAUUACACACACACAGAAGCACACUAACAUAUAUAUACACACAGUCACACACUCAUACAUACACUCACACACAUACAUACACACACACAUACAAACACUCACACACAAGUGAAUUUUUUUUUUUUUAAUCUCCAGCCACCUUCCUGUUAGCUUACCUUGUGUGUCCAGGAGGGUGGCUUGGAGUCCUGCUUGCUUGGGGGAGUAAAGGGGUCUGGAGCUCUUCGUGCUCCUCCCCCCUCAUGCUGCGAAUGCCUUCUCCCGCGCUGUCUCCCUGCAGGAUGCUGGGAGGAAGUGACAGGUCCUCCCAGCCAGCCGACAUUACAGGGUUGGGAGCCGCGGUCCUUUAAGGCCGCAACUGGGCCCCUGUUCAGCAGUAAUGCUUCACCGGUGCUAUGAAACAUUCCGCGGCACCCCUGUGUGCACGUUGCGGCGUUUGGGAACUGCUGCCUUAACACCUUUCCGACUUACUAGAUCCGUCCAAAAAAGUGGUCCUUAAGGACCGUGGACGUAUCUAGUAUGUCCGCGGCAUUCUUGCUUACUUACCGGAUCGCCGCCGUUCCCCUGCCGGCUUUCAGUGUUGCACAUAUAUAUAUAUAUAUAUACAUACACACACACAUAUAUAUAUAUAUAUAUAUCUUAUAUACGUCAUACUAAGUGUAUUUUUUUUUAUUAAUAUAUACAUAUAGAAAUACACUUAGAGUAAAAUUACACACGUAAAUAUAAUAACUUUAUAUAUAUUAUAAAAAAAUGUAUAUUUAAAAUAAACAAGAUGUAAAAAUAAUUUGAAAUUUUUUUUACAAAAAUUAUAUAUAUAUGUAAUUUUAAUUUAAUGUUGAAAAAUGCAAAGUUAUGCACUUUGGCGUAAAGAAUACACAAGCAACGUAUACCCUUAAUGGAAGCGAAUUAGGUAUAACACACGAAAAGGACUUGGGAAUUGUUAUAGACAACAAACUAUGCAACAAUGUGCAAUGUCAAUCAGCAGUGGCCAAGGCCAGUAAGGUAUUGUUAUGCCUGAAAAAGGGCAUUCAUUCUCGAGACGAGAAUAUUAUUGUGCCUUUUUAUAAAUCACUGUAAGACCACAUCUUGAAUAUGCUGUGCAAUUUUGGGCAUCUGUUCUAAAGAAGGAUAUUAUGGCACUAGAAAAAGUGCAGAGGCGGGCUACAAAAUUAAUAAAAGGAAUGGAACAUCUCAGCUAUGAAGAAAGGUUAACAAAUUUAAACCUAUUUAGUUUAGAAAAAUGUUGCCUGAGAGGGGAUAUGAUAACAUUAUACAAACCAUUGUGUGGAAAUCUAUUCACAAACCGGACUUUACAUAGGACACGAGGUCAUGCGUUUAGACUGGAAGAAAGAAGAUUUCGUCUAAGGCAAAGGAAAGGUUUUUUUACUGUAAGAACAAUAAGGAUGUGAAAUUCUCUGCCUGAAGAAGUGGUUCUAUCAGAGUCCAUACAGAUGUUCAAACAGCUACUAGAUGCAUACUUGCAAAAACAGAAUAUUCAAGGAUAUAAUCUUUCAAUGUAGGGUAAUAACGGCUUGAUCCAAGGAUAGAUUUGACUGCCAUUCUGGGGUCAAGAAGGAAUUUUUUUCCUAGCUUGUUGUAAAAUUGGAAGUGCUUCAAACUUGUUUUUUUUGCCUUCUUUUGGAUCAACAGCAAAAAAAACAAAUGCGAGGAAGGCUGAACUUGAUGGACGCAAGUCUCUUUUCAGCAAUGUAACUAUGUAAUUUUUUUCUAACUGUAUUUUGAUAUUAAAAUAUUUAUAUCAAAAUACACUUAGAAUGAAAUUGAUAAAUAACUAGUGAUAAAUUUAAAAAAUAUAUAUUUUGAAACAGCAAUGUCCUAGUUGUACUGAUAGCCCUUUAACCUGCAAAAAAGCUAAGAACAUGUUAACAUUGGGUAUUUCUAAACUCAGGACAAAAUUUAGAAACUAUUUAGCAUAGGUGUUUUUUGGCGGUUAUAGAUGCGCACCAGAUUUUGGGGGUCAAAGUUAGAAAGAGUGUGUGUUUUUUUUUUUUUUAUCAUAUUUUAUAAAAAAAAAAAUUAGUAAAAUAUAUAGUUAAAAUUGAAAAACGGUCUGGUCACUAAGGGGUUAAGGACAGAGUCAAUUGUACAAGUUGUGAUCAAAACAAAACCUGGAAUUUGCGCUAUAUCUCUGUUCAACCAUAAGUCACCUCUUUCAUAUUAAGUGCACCCACCCUUAUUAUAUAUCAUUUUGUUCAGGAGAAAGUGGGCUUUCAUUUCACAUCAAAUAUUUAUAUAUGAAACCUUAUUUAAUAUGAAAAGAAUUUUCAAAAACUUUGAGAAAUUAAGUAAUUUUGUUAUUUUUCAAGUUCUGCAUGGCAUUUUAACUGUCAUAAUCCUCAGUGGUGUAUUCUUGAUUUGUGCUGCUCUAGGCAUGACUAAAUUCGGGUACCCCCCUAAUCUUAAUUUGCCCCACCACUUUGUAUUAAAGCCACUUUUUUGACUGACAGACACAUGCCCUCAUUGACACAUGCACUGACAUACACUCACUGACAGAUACAGAGGCAUUAGCACACAUGUACAGUCAUUGGCACACACUGUUUAAACAACCCACACUUUCACUGACAGACACACGCUGACACACCCACUCACUGACAGGCACACACUCUCAGAUACACAUACACUCACUGACUCAAACAUCCUCACCGAUUUGACACACUCUGACAGACACACACAUUCACUCACUCAUAGACACACACUGACAGCUACAUACAUACUCACGGACACACACACACACUGACAGACACACACACACACUGACACAUACACUGACAGACACACACACACUCACUGACAGACACACACUGACAGACACACACACACAUUUUCUCAUCCGCUGACCAAUUAUUUUUUUAUUAUUUAAAUCCACCCAACCUCCCUACAUUUCGGAGAGCUGGAGUGGAUCCUGUCCCUGACUGCUGCUGGGCUGGCUGCUUGCUGGGGCUGCUGGCAGGCUCCUUCUGGCUCGGCUGCUGGCAGACGCUAAAUGGAGGCAGCGAGGGAAUGGAGCUUUUCCUGCCAGGGGCCAGAGUGACGUCAUUUUCCAGAUCCCGGCAUCAAAGAAGGGCGAGCGAGGGAGCAGGAAGAACUCAGAGGACUGCUCUCCCUCCCCGCCUACCACACGCUGAGUGUCUGAACACAUUCGGGGGCCCUCCGUGCCGUCUGCCUGGAUGGAGAGCAUCUACCGCAGACACCGGUCUGCAGCUCUGCACCCAUGUUGUCUCGUGAGAUGUGGAAGAGUCAGAGCGUUGCUGCGAGUUACCACAGCAAUGCUCUGACUCUUCCAGAUCUCGCGAGAUACACUGUCUGCAGCUCUGCACCCGGCGGAGCUGCAGAUCGGAUAUGACCACAAGGGAACCCACCACCUGACCACCAGGAAGCCGACCGGAAACUGGACCACCAGGGAACUAAUUACUAACGAAAAGGUAUUUCACCCACAAAAAGUGUGUCACCCACACUACAAUGUAAUGUUAUCCACCCCACAAAUCCUGUCACCCCCCACACACAUCCUAUCAGGCUAAAUGGAGGCAGCGAGGGAACGGAGCUCUUCCUGCCAGGGGCCGGAAUUACGUCAUAUUCCAGAUCCUGGCAUCAAAGAAGGGCAUGCGAGGGAGCAGGAAGAACUCAGAGGACUGCUCUCCCUCCCCCCAGCCACAUGCUGAGUGUCUAAAUGCAUUGGGGGGCCCACCGUGCCGUCUGCCUGGAAGGAGAGCAUCUACCGCAGACACCGGUCUGCAGCUCUGCACCCAUGUGUCUUGUGAGAUCUGGAAGAGUCAGAGUGUUGCUGCGAGUUACCACAGCAAUGCUCUGACUCUUUCAGAUCUCGCAAGACACAUGGUCUGCAGCUGCAAACCGGAUAUGACCACCAGAGAGCCCACCACCUGACCACCAGGGAGCCGAACGGAAACUGGACCACCCAGGGAACUAAUUACUAACUAAAAGGUAUUUCACCCACAAAAAGUGUGUCACCCACACUACAAUGUAGUGUCAUCCACCCCACAAAUCCUGUCGCAACAAUGAAUACAGAGACUAACUCCCCUUAUCCAGCACUGCAAGUCCACCUUUCAAUAUAACAACUGCUCCUUAUACACACAAAAUGUAACCCCUAUUUUUUCACUUUGGGUGUUAGUGAGUGCCCUAAGGCCUCACAAAGUCUAGAGCUGCCAUUGUGUAUGGCAGCCCAGGAAUGAAAAUUACCUCCAUCAUGGCAUACCAUUCCAAAUGGGGUAUCUCCAGUCUUUUUUAGUAGCCACUUAGUCACAAACCCUGGCCAAAUUUAGCAUUCAUAAUACAAUAAAAGGGUCCUGUUCACUGAUAAUAUUGUUAUUUUAAGAUUUACUGCUCUAAAACACUCAUAUUUGUGUUCAGCGAUGUCUCACGAGUAAAACAGUACCCUCCUGUGAAGGUUUUAUGGGGUUUUGGAAAGUUAAACAUUGCUCUUUCACUGAUGAUAUCAUUGUCAGCAUAGGUUUUACAGCAUAGGUUUUACUGCUCUAACACUCAUUCAUAUUCAGGGAUUCCUCACGGAUAAAACAGUAGCCCCCAUAUACAGGUUUUAUGGGGUUUUGGAAAGUUAUAGGGACAAAUAUAGGGUUUUCCCAUUUCAGUUUGCUGAGCCUAUGUUGCCUUUGAGACCAUAUGUCAGCCAAGGAAUGAGAAUUACCCCCAUGAUGGCAUUCUAUUCAAAAAAGUAGACAACCCAGGGUAUUCAGAAUUGAGUAAGUCCAGUCUUUUGUAGUAGCCACUUAGUCACAAAUGCUAGCCAAAGUUAUAGUUUUUAUAUAUAUAAAUCUAUAAAUACAUAUUUUUUUUGCAUUUUUUCACACAAAAACUGCACUUUCACCAAUAUCAUCAUCAUCAUUACAAGUUUUAGUGUUUUAAAACACUCAUAUUUGUGUUCAGGGAAGUCUCCUGGGUACAACAAAUCCCCCCUAUGUACAGGUUUUAUAGUGUUUUGGAAAGUUACAGGGUUAAAUAUAGGGCUUGUAAACUAAAUUCAAUAGACUUUCUGCCUGAGUUGUCACGCAGUUCCCUUGAAUUAUGUGUGUAUCCAUGUUUAUUGAGGAUUUUUUUAUUGUAGUUGCCUUUCUUGCUUUCAGAGGUUAAAUAGCACAAUGGCACUGAAAGGGUUAACUUUGAAACGCCAAAACAGCUUGCUCCGGGCAAUUUCUCAACUUGCGGUCAUUUCACAAUUCGGUGCAUAAUUAAAUGUGCUGUUGUGACAUUCCGGGUAUUCUGUCCCCGCCAUUAAUUGUUCCCCAUCAAACAAACCUCUUCUUGUCACAGUUUGCCAAAUAAACUAUCCAGAAUUAGGAAAACUGAUAAGACGCCAGACAGGAAGAAGUCUAUUAGCAGGUAUUAGUUUGGAGUAUUUUAAAGCAGUUAUUAACUUGACAGGCGCAAUCGACACUCUACUACCACCGAAACAAUUUCCAGACCAAGCAAAGACGUGCGGUAGGAUUCCCGCGACCGUAAGGUAUGUCCACAACGGCUCAGCCCAGCCGAGCCCACAUGGCAAGCUAUGUUACAGAUAAUGUACUAAGGAACCCCUUUCUGAUUCCUCUUUCACCUCCCACUCCCAGGCGGAUCCAACUUCCCGAAGUAGGAACAUGAAUGGAACUGCCCCUUGGCAAGUAGAGGUUACCAAUGGGAACCUGCAAACAUGCAACCCAAAAGAUGGAAGGGUCGCCAAUAAUCAAACACGUCCUGUUCCCCCAAACCGACUCGACGGCAAGGCCGAAUGAUGCCAACGAUACAGAACAGUUCCGCGGCUAUGUCCUCAUUUACUGAUGCCCCUUUUGGGUGUGAUAAGUUUUGUAUCGGACGGAAUUUGCCCGCCCAUUUCUAGGGGACCACCCCCCAUGGAGACACCCACAGGUCCGCUAAUGGCGUGGAAGUUCCCCCAUGGACUUGAUAUUUGCCCACCACUUUUCCUGGUCCCUCGACUUUGAAUGGAAUAGCGUAAACCCCCUCAACAAUCCCAGCCAUAAAACUAGCGCAUUCAUGGGAGGCUUACUGCCUUAGCCACAGCAGCAAUGCACUGAUCAUCACUGGUGUCGCUCCAAGCCGCAACCGCUGGGCCGAAGCCCUGCCGAGUACCCUUCCUGCCUUAGGUUUUCCUUUCUUGACGCGUCAGUUGACACCGUGACUCCCACCGCCUGCGGAACACCCGUAUCGAAGCCUACCCGACGGUCCCCAGUUGCACUGACCUUUUUUCUGUCCAGCCAGCACCGCACCUCCUGGGGGUGCGCCGGCAGCCCCCAGAAAGAGCGCAUUUCCUGCACUAUCAUUAGGAACCUCCCCUUUUAAAUCAAUGAACUCCUCGAGCGGAAGACAGGAAAUUUUUUUUUUUUUUUUAAAUCCCCUUUAUCAAAUCAUAUCCUCCGCCUUCAAGUGCCCCCCCAAUGUCCCCGCGAAGGACACAUGCCCAUUUUGUUGUGCCGCGCCUGGAAUAUUGCCACACAUCUAACUGUUCUCCUGCCCCGUCAGAUGUCACCGGCACAAUGUAUUCCCCUUCCCUUACCCGGCACUAGGGAUCGACCGAUAUUGAAUUUUUAGAGCCGAUACCGAUACCGAUAUUCUGUGAACUUUCAGGCCGAUAGCCGAUAUAAUUUGCCGAUAUUCUGUACAUUUACCAUUUUGGAAAAUAAAAACUAUUUCUAAAGGUAAAUGCACAAAAUAUACAUGCCACAUGUAGUGGAUGCAGUGUGUUUAGACAGGGGAGCUGUGUGUGUUUGUGUAGUGUGUGUGUGUAGUGGAUGCAUUGUGUGUUUGUGUAGUGUGUGUUGAGGAUGCAAUGUGUGUUUGUGUAGUGGAUGCAGUGUGUAUUUGUCGAGUGUGUGUAGUGGAUGCAGUGUGUAUUAGUGUAGUGUGUAUAUAAUGAAAGCAGAGUGUUUGUGUAGUGUGAGGGUAGUGUGCAUAAAGUGAAUGCUGUAUAUACUAAAUGCAAAGUGUGUGUGUAUAUAAUGAAUGCAGAGUGUGUGUGUAUUUGUGUAGUGUGUGUGUAUAGUGAAUGUAGUGUGUUUAAAUAAUGCAGAGUGUGUGUGUUUGUAUAGUGUGUGUAUAUAAUGCAGUGUGUUUGUGUAGUGUGCAUUAUAUAAACACACUACACAAACACACUGCAUUAGAUACACAAACUAUGCAAACACACUGCAUUAUAUACACACACUACACAAACACACUGCAUUAUAUAAACACACUACACAAACACACACUGCAUUAUAUAAACACACUACACAAACACACUGCAUUAUAUACAGUGUGUUUGUGUAGUGUGUGUGUAUAUAAUGCAGUGUGUGUACAUAAUGCAGUGUUUGUGUGUAGUGUGUGUGUAUAUAAUACAGUGUGUGUGUAGUGUGUGUAUAUAAUGCAGUGUGUUUGUAUAGUGUGUGUAUAUAAUGCAGUGUGUGUAUUUGUGUGCAUUGUAUACACUGUGAUAAAGUGAAGGCAGAUAGGCCUUUUAACCCCAGGGGGAGUAUGUGUAGUUUGUGUGUUGCACAACACAAAGCAUUGUUUAGUUAUGGGCCCCUGGGGUGGAGCAUUUGGAGAGAAGGGUGGGCCAAUGCUCCACUCCACAGUUUAGUGGUGUUCUGGGGAGACCUAGAUCCAGGCCAGGGUUUUUUGGAUCGUCUCCAACCCACUGCUCAGCUGCAGGUAAUCAGCUGUUGCAGUGGGAAUAAACUCCUCCCGGCUAGGCAGGUAAAGGAGAGGGAUUGCUGGCUUCCUCCCAGGAAGCAGGUAGGAGAGAGAGGCUGUUCUCUCCAGAUAGUCAAGGAGACUAGGCACUUGGAGUGCAGAAAGGAAGCAGUCAGGGCAAGACUGGCUUGGAGCACUGGGAGUGCAGAAAAGAAAGCAGUCAGGGCAAGGCUGGAUUGGAGCACUGGGAGUGCAGAAAGCAAAGCAGUCAGGGCAAGGCUGGCUUGGAGCACUGGGAGUGCAGAAAGGAAAGCAACAGGUUAGAUAGCAGAGCGUUGCUCUCUAAUAAGGUUGGUGCAAUAUUGUGUUUAGUUUAACCCUGAGAGAUAGGGAACUAAUGUCAGUUAGUGCUCAGACGAGCUAGGUGUUUGUUUAUAGGGUUUUCUGUUACUUUUGUUUUUCUUUUACUGCUGUAUCCUGUGUGGAUUUACAAAUAAAGUGCCUGAGUAUAUGCAAUUACAAGGACUGUGCAUGUUUUUACCCUAGAGGGCCGUGCUACCUGCCGACAAGGAUCACAACACCCACACACACACUAUACAAACACACUGCAUUAUAUACACACACAGCAUUAUAUACACACACUACACAAACACACUGCAUUAUAUACAGUGUGUGUGUGUGUGUGUAUAUAAUGCAGUGUGUGUUUGUAUAGUGUGUGUGUAUAUAAUGCAGUGUUUGUGUGUAGUGUGUGUGUGUAUAUAAUACAGUGUUUGUAUAGUGUGUGUGUAUAUAAUGCAGUGUGUGUGUAUAUAAUACAGUGUGUUUGUAUAGUGUGUGUAUAUAAUGCAGUGUGUGUAUUUGUGUGCAUUGUAUACACAGUGUGUUUGUGUAGUGUAUGUGUAUAUAAUGGAGUGUGUGUGAGGGGGCAUUUUUUAUUAAAUUAUUAUUAUUAUUAUUAUUAUUAUUUUAGAUUUAAUUUUUUUUGUUGUCCCCCCUCCCUGCUUGUUGCCUGGUCAGGGAGGGGGGAUAUGACAGUCCCUGGUGGUCCAGUGGCAUUGGCUGAGCUGGGGGGAGCGGGCAUCAAGCGCUUACUCACCUCCCAGCAGCUCCUCCAGCUCCCCAGUGCAACGCUCUGACGGCAGCGGGUCUCGCGAGAGUUACACUGGGGAGCUGGAGGAACUGCUGGGAGGUGAGUAAGCGCUUGAUGCCCGCUCCCCCCAGGACCGCCGGACUUGAAAUGAGCCUGGCGGUCCUAGGAGGUAUUAUCGGCAAUAUCGGUAUCUGAAUUGGCCGAUACCGAUAUUGCCGAAAAUACCGAAUAUCGGCCGAUUAUAUCGGUAAAACCGAUAAUCGGUCGAUCCCUACCCGGCACGCCGUCACCACCACCCUUACUUCGGCCUCCCGACUGCGCUCUGGUGACCCUACCCUUCCGCACCGCGGGGACGGCCCCUUUUUUCCUUGAUCAUGAUUCUAAAAUGAUUUUUGCAAUUUAAAAAAAAAAAGUGGUGUGUUUAUUGACUCACCGCCCGAACCCCCGUCUGCGCUGUCCUUCCAUCCACCUUGCCAGGCUCUGGAGUAUCCGGUGGACGACGACUCCUGUCCGCGCUGGUCCAGCAUCAAGCCCGUAGAAGUAACACUCCUCGACCUGCUCCUCCAUCCCUCAUCCGACCUCCCGCUGCUGCUGUGCCUGUCAUUGUUGUUGUGCUGCUCCCUCCCAUACUCACACCUGCUGAUGCUCCUCCUGUGUUCCUGCUCCUGAGAACGCCCCCCAGGGGGCUCCCGCUUGCCUCUGUGCCUUACGUCAAUUUCCACCCGUCCAUGUCCUCUCUUCUGCCCUCUGCUUGCGGUACCUGGCCUCUCCCCGGCCCCUCAUCCACUUGUGGCCCCUUUAAUUAAUCCUGGUUGCUGGCCUUCCCCUCCAUAGCUGCUCUGCUGUGCCUGCUGCUUUCACUAUCCCCUUCCUUCACCUCUGACCUGACCUUGGCCCCAUCCAGGGCCGCCUCCGACUGUGUCCCGCCAACCUGGACCCCCCCCGCCUGCCCAUUGGGGGGGGGGACCGCUUUUACACUGCUGGGCCCUUGCAUCAUUCCCCCCGUCCCUCAGGUAUGCCACCAGGGGCAGACUCACCUGGACGCCUCUUGCCGCUCUCCCUGCCUGGCGGCCAUCAUGUCAUGCUGGAUUCCGAUGUCCUUUGUGCUUUCCCGCCCCCCCGCCUUAUUGCAAGGGGCGCUCUUCCUGUGCGGCCUCAUCCUGACCUGCCACCUUGCCUGACCAGCGCCUCGUCGAACAUACGGCGCCAGCCGCCCUCCAACUCCUGCCUGCUUUCCGACCUCAUUUUCAGCCUUCCCCUUGACACCUCCUGACAGGCUCACGGGCUGCCGAACUAACAAUGUCACUCACAGGCUGCCGCUGGGGCGUCCUCGUUCUCCUUGCUGGUCUCUGUUCCACCGCCGCGUGGGGGGGGGGGAUAGCAGACGUGCUCGGGGCCCCCCAGCUGCUUGGAGUUCUGUCUGAGGCUGAUGGGAUUGAGCAUGCAGCAGCAGCAGCUCACUCCAGCCUCUCCUGUACCUCCAUGCUUCCUCCUGUACCUCCAUGCUGCCUCUGUUCUUCAUGCUGCUGAUGGGAGUGAUCAUGUAGUAGCAGCUCACUCCAGCCUCUCCUGUAUCUCCAUGCUGCCUCCUGUCUCAGUACUGCCUGUUCUUCUAUGCUGCCUCCAUGCUGCCUGUUCUUCUAUGAUGCCUCCAUGCUGCUGAUGGGAGUGAUCAUGUAGUAGCAGCUCACUCCAGCCUCUCCUGUACCUCCAUGCUGUCUCCUGUAUCUCCAUGCUGCCUGUUCUUCUAUGCUGCCUCCAUGCUGCUGCCUUCUCCCUCCAGGGAAGGCUGCUUUCACAACUGACAGGUAAGCCUAGGUUCAGUUAAAAUGGCCACUUCCUAUAAUGGCUGGUAUAAAUACUCCCCUUAUGGCUCCGCCCUACCCAGCAUGCUAGCUGUCACUAAAUUCCUGUGGCUGCUAUGCCUACCUCCUGGCUCUGUCAAGGCCUAUUCCUCUUAGCUGCGCUGAUCCAUGGGCUACAGAACUGGGAAUUGGUGACAAGUGGAAAGACAAUCACAGAUCGGAUGUUUUUUAGGAUUCACAGCAGCACAAGAUAGACGUAAGCUGUGCAGAGCCCGGUAUAGAGAGCUAGGAAAGUGUCCUAGCUCUGCAUUCAUGGGCUAAGAUGUAAUAAGACUGUUUCUGGGUGAGCAAUCUGUAGUGUACAUGGUUGAAGGGGUCCCACGCCAAGGCCAAGUUCUCCCUGCUGACAUGAUUCCCUCUCACUGCAGGGAGAGGGACAUCCUGGAGUGACCGUCUGAGUGUCACCAAUGGUCACUUGUCCCCAGCAUGCUAUGCGUGCUGACAAGAGAUAGCAAAUAUGCACAGAUUUAAUAUUAGAAGUUACACCCCCAGCAGCACUGGGCUGGAGCUCUGUAUUUCAGACUGAAACAUUGCACAUAUAGAUUCCGCUUCAAAUCACUGAAGUGGUCAUGGUGCCUAGAGUCAGGGUUGGUGCAAGAAUUUUUAGGUACACAGACGGAGAUGCAUUUUGCCCCACCCCCAUCACCCCCUUCAUGUAUACAGAUUGACCUUCCCUUCACAUGUUGUAGUGUUGUCUCAAUCAAAAUAAUGAAAUUACAUCAAAACAGGUCGUCGCAAGUGGGGACAAUGCUAAAACAAAACAUUAUAGUUGGAUAAAGCAAGCAAUAAAAUAUGACUAGAAUUUAUUUUUUUUAGACAUUAUCAUGCUAAACAUUUUAACAAGACGUAAUACGUGGUGUUUUAUUUCCAAUGGCCAAUUUUUAAAAAAUUUUUUUUCUUAUCUAAACCUAGUGAGUUAUCUUUACAAAUAGUGCAACAAAUGCUAAUGCUGGUAUUUGAUUAUGGGAAUAUAGUGUAUACACCCGCACCGCAAACCCACCUUAAUAAACGUAAUAUGUUAUAUGGUUAGUUCUGCCGCUUUGUACUAGAAUGUAAUUACUUUACCCACCACUGUGACAUAUUAAAAGAGCUAAAUUGGUUUCGAUGGAAUCCCGACGCACUCUUCAUCUCUCCAGUGUUGUGCAUAAGAGCUUUUCUGUGAAGCUCCCAGCCUGCCUGAGUAGAAUGCUCACCCCGGCUGUUCCCACCUCCUAUAACUUUCGAUCCAGUACUAGCACGAUAUUUAGCAUACCGCAAUACAAAAAUAAAGUGGCUCGAUCCUCCUUUUCCUUCAGAGCACCGCAAUUAUGGAAUAACCUCAGGGACACAGUCAAAUCUUCAUUCAAUCUAAAAUCUUUUAAGAGAUCUGUGGUAAUAUACUUCAGCACAGAAUGCACCUGUCAUGGUUGAAUAUAUUUAUUACCUGUUAUGUUAUUUAUAUAUGUGUGUAUGUAUAUACUGUUUUGUGGACCCAGGACAUACUUGAAAACAAGCGAAAUCUCAAUGUGUAUCCAUCCUGGUAAAAUAUUUUAUAAAUAAAUAAAUAUGAACCACCCAGAUAACGUGACUAUAACAAUAACAGUGCCUCUGUUUUCACCAUGUAGAUACAUAAACAUACCUGUGUAUUUAGGAGGUAAAUUAUCAAUGUGCUUGUUUCUGGGGCUCAUACUUAUAAGGCACGUCUGCAUAACCCUUCGGCUAGCUUUGCUCCUCGAGAAACUUACACAAACUUAAAAACAUCGGAGGGGUGGACUGAGUAGAGGGAUUAAAUUGUCUCUGAGCUGUUCUGGAAUAUGGUUGUGGCUUUACGUUCAGCUAAUGGGAGGGAAAAAGGUGCAGUUUAUUCUGUUCCGGUGUCAGGGAUGUUACCAUUUAACAAUGUAAGUCCUUUGCAUAUACUUCCCCAUUCUGUUACCAUGUUCAAAUCACACGUACUCAGCCACCCACCUCUAUGCAUUAAAAAAAUGCAUUCCCCCCCAGGACUGUAGAAAUCGGCGGUAGCCAUCCAGCCGAGACAUUCGAAGGUUGCCAGUAAGUAAGGAAGUCAGUUACUAUAGAUAAACUGGGAUAGGAAGUGUUUGUCUGUAAAGCAUCGUUGAUUUUGAGACUGUUGUUUAAACGCGUGGAAAGUAUAGCACGUGGAAGCUAAUAUCUGCAAACUAAUGGCCAUCAGUAUUAUUUAUUAGUGUGGGAAUUCAAAGAGAAUUUAAUAUUGAAUGCCAAAAUAGAACAAUUGAAACCUCGGCUGAUUUGGAGAAUGUUUCCUGAUUUGCCUAUUUUUCCUAGGAAGCCUCAAAAGUGAAAUAUGCAGUUAGAUGAAAAUAUUUUUACAUUUUUAAUUCAGUUUAAUGUUUACAUUUUUUUCACUUUUCAAAAGGAAGGCUUUUGGAAAUGGUGUUUGUAGUUUUGCAUACAGCUAAUCCAGGGAGCUGUAUUUAGUGCGUCAGUAAGAACUUUAUUUAUAAAUUGUGUCCACUGUCUUAACCGAAAUGUAAGACUGUAGGGGGUGAAUUGCACACGGCGUCUGCAAAUGCUUUCAGUUUAAAACCUUAUUUCAACCACUAUCACAACUACUGCUUUUACAAGUGGUCAUGGAGAUCUAUCUGUGCAGCAAAUCUGUUUGGAAAACUGCCUAUACAGAGAAAUCUGUGUAUUUGUUAAAGUGUGUAGUUACAUGUCUGUCGUCAGCACACACUAAGCUUCUUCCCCUGCAGGCAGCGCUUUGAGCACACCUUCUAGAAGGAGGACCUGAAAUUUUGGCUCCCGCGAACCUAAUAAGAGUCCUACCAGCCUCCCUACACAAUCUUUUAUUUGCCUUGCCUUUGUCCAACCGCGUGUUCACCCCAUACUCCCUUCCCUCCAUGUCCCCUCCUCCGCUUAGACCAAGCACAAAGCCGUAGCUCCACAUUCACAAAACAGAGUGAGAAAAAUGUGUAUGUUUGGGGAGAUUCUUGAUUCAAGCCUCAGACUGCAACAGAAGUUGCUGGCUGAGGUGACGGGUGAUGGAUUCAAGACUUUGAAGUUAAAAUAUUUGUUAAUAGCAACUCGCCAUCAGGGGACCUUCUUUCACCAUAACAACAUAAUUCUGAUUAAGUGGUUAUGGUGCCCAGAGUGUCCCAUUUAUACAUGAUUUAGGUAAAGAUGAAGCUGUAAUAUGCAGGCUUUGCUUAAUACACAAAGCUUCUUUUUUUUUUGGCCUAGAGCAUGAUAUAAUUGUAAUGCUGGGGCCUUGAAUUGAUCGGAUGACCAAAACGUCCCUCUACUCACUUUAUAUGGCACAAUACAAUAAGAGUUGCUGUUUCUUUAUUAGUAUCUUUUGAAAUUUUUCACUCUCCACUAACUUUUGGCAAGUGAAUAUUUACCCACAGCACGCAGAAAUACACCCCUAGUGAGUGUGCUGUAGAAACUUUUAAAGGCACCCCUAGUUAGUGUGCUAUAGUAACUUUUAAAAACCCCCCUAAUUAGUGUGCUAUAGUAACUUUUAAAGGCAAGCUAUAAGUGUAAGAAUUUUAAGACCUGCCUUUGUGCUUUAUUUAAUGUUGGGCAGAUGUAAUGCUGGGUCUGUUAUUUUUGCCGAUCAAGGGUGUAGGAGGAAUGGGGCUUGCGAAAAAACCCUCUAGGUAAGGUAAAGUGUGGGUCGCUGGGUGAUUCCCAGUGGGUCGCGCUGACCACACAUCCAAGGCAGCCGGGGACUCGGGAGACAGGCAGGCAGAUUGAUUGGUGGUGCCCUCAGUUCAUGACCGAGGGCCCAACACCAGGAGUGGGCCAGGUGGCUUGCCCUGUAUGCCGCCGGGCCUCUCCAUCAAUCUGCCCGAGAAUAAGCCCAGCAACGCCGGUCUGCUGCUCCGCCGGGUGCAGAGCUGCAGACUGUGUGAAAGAGGUCUCGCGAGCUCCCAGAGCGUUACCAUGGCAAUACUAUGUGUGCUCAUAAGAACUCUAUCACAGCGGAGCUGACAGGAGAGUUAACCCACCGGACCACCAGGGAAUUUAUUCAAUUAAAAAUAAAGGUAGGACACAGCAUGCUCCCCACACCUUAACCCCUUCUCUCCCUGCCCCCUCCCCACUGUAACCCCUUCUCUCCCUGCCCCCCCCACUGUAACAAUUUCUCUCCCUGCCCCCAUAACCCUCUCUCUCCCUGCCCCCCACUGUCACCCUUUCUCACCCAUCCCCACACAGUCACCCUUUCUCACCCAUCCCCACACAGUCACCCUUUCUCACCCAUCCCCACACAGUCACCCUUUCUCACCCAUCCCCACACAGUCACCCUUUCUCACCCGCAACACUGUCACCCUUUCUCACCCGCAACACUGUCACCCUUUCUCACACUGCCCCCCCACGCUGCCACCAGCACAUACUCCCCUUUAAACUAAACACAGUGAUCUGUGCAUGGUCCCGCCCCCUCAGACUAAACACAGUGAUCUGUGCAUGGCCCCACCCCCUAAGACUAAACACAGUGAUCUGUGCAUGGCCCUGCACCCUCAGACUAAACACAGUGAUCUGUGCAUGGCCACGCCCACUCAGACUGAACACAGUGAUCUGUGCAUGGCCCCGCCCCCUCAGACCGAACAGUGAUCUGUGCAUGGCCCCGCCCCCUCAGACUGAACACAGUGAUCUGUGCAUGGUCCCGCCCCCUCAGACUGAACACAGUGCUCUGUGCAUGGCCCCACCCCCUCAGACUGAACACAGUGAUGUGUGCAUGGCCCCACCCCCUCAGACUAAACACAGUGAUCUGUGCAUGGCCCCACCCCCUCAGACUAAACAGUGCUCUGUGCAUGGCCCCACCCCCUCAGACUAAACACAGUGAUCUGUGCAUGUCCACGCCGCCUCAGACUGAACACAGUGAUCUGUGCAUGGCCCCACCCCCUCAGACUAAACACAGGGAUCUGUGCAUGGCCACGCCCCCUCAGACUGAACACAGUGAUCUGUGCAUGGCCCCGCCCCCUCAGACUGAACACAGUGAUCUGUGCAUGGCCCCACCCCCUCAGACUGAUAACGGUGAUCUGUGCAUGGCCACACCCCCUCAGACUAAACACAGUGAUCUGUGCAUGGCCCUGCCCCCUCAGACUAAACACAGUGAUCUUGCAUGGCCCCCCCCAGACUAAACACAGUGAUCUGUGCAUGGCCACGCCCACUCAGACUAAACACAGUGAUCUGUGCAUGGCACCACCCCCUCAGACUGAACACAGUGAUCUGUGCAUGGCCCCGCCCCCUCAGACUGAACACAGUGAUCUGUGCAUGGCCCCACCUCCUCAGACUGAGCACAGUGAUCUGUGCAUGGCACCACCCCCUCAGACCGAACACAGUGAUCUGUCCAUGACCCAGCCCCCUCAGACCGAACACAAUGAUCUGUGCAUGGCCACGCCCACUCAGACUAAACACAGGGAUCUGUGCAUGGCCCCACCUCCUCAAACUAAACACAGUGAUCUGUGCCUGGCACCACCCCCUCAGACUGAACACAGUGAUCUGUCCAUGACCCCGCCCCCUCAGACGGAACACUGUGCUCUGUGCAUGGCCACGCCCCCUCAGACUGAACACAGUGAUCUGUGCAUUGCCCCACCUCCUCAGACUGAACACAGUGAUCUGUGCAUGGCACCGCCCCCUCAGACCGAACACAGUGAUCUGUCCAUCACCCCGCCCCCUCACACUGAACACAGUGAUCUGUGCAUGGCCCCGCCCCCUCAGACUAAACAGUGAUCUGUGCACGGCCCCACCCCCUCAGACUAAACAGUGCUCUGUGCAUGGCACCACCCCCUCAGACUAAACAUUCACAAAAGUAGACAACCCAGGGUAUUCAGAAUUGGGUAAGUCCAGUCUUUUGUAGUAGCCACUUAGUCACAAAUGCUAGCCAAAGUUAUAGUUUUUAUAUAUAUAAAUCUAUAAAUAUAUAUUUUUUUGCAUUUUUUCACACAAAAACUGCACUUUCACCGAUGAUAUCAUCAUCAUUAUCAUUACAAGUUUUAGUGUUUUAAAACACUCAUAUUUGUGUUCAGGGAAGUCUCCUGGGUACAACAAAUCCCCCCUAUGUACAGGUUUUAUAGUGUUUUGGAAAGUUACAGGGUUAAAUAUAGGGCUUGUAAACUAAAUUCAAUAGACUUUCUGCCUGAGUUGUCACGCAGGUCCCUUGAAUUAUGUGUGUAUCCACGUUUAUUGAGGAUUUUUUUAUUGUAGUUGCCUUUCUUGCUUUCAGAGGUUAAAUAGCGCAAUGGCACUGAAAGGGUUAACUUUGAAACGCCAAAACAGCUUGCUCCGGGCAAUUUCUCAACUUGCGGUCAUUUCACAAUUCGGUGCAUAAUUAAAUGUGCUGUGUGGGUAUUCUGUCCCCGCCAAUAAUUGUUCCCCAUCGAACAAACCUCUUCUUGUCACAGUUUGCCAAAUAAACAGUGCAGAAUGAGGAAAACUGAUAAGACGCCAGACAGGAAGAAGUCUAUUAGCAGGUAUUAGUUUGGAGGAUUUUAAAGCAGUUAUUAACUAAACUGGGAAUUGGUGACAAGUGGCAAGACAAUCACAGAUCGGAUGUGCAUGGCCCCACCUCCUCAGACUGAACACAGUGAUCUGUGCAUGGCCACGCCCGAUCAGACUAAACACAGGGAUCUGUGCAUGGCCCCACCCCCUCAGACUAAAUACAGGGAUCUGUGCAUGGCCCCGCCCCCUCAGACUGAACACAGUGAUCUAUCCAUGACCCCGCCUCCUCAGACGGAACACAGUGCUCUGUGCAUGGCCCCACCCCCUCAGACUGAACACAGUGAUCUGUGCAUGACCCCGCCCCCUCAGACUGAACACAGGGAUCUGUGCAUGGCCCCACCUCCUCAGACUGAACACAGUGAUCUGUUCAUUGCCCCACCUCCUCAGACUGAACACAGUGAUCUGUGCAUGACCUCGCCCCCUCAGACUGAACACAGUGAUCUGUGCAUGGCACCACCCCCUCAGACCGAACACAGUGAUCUGUCCAUGACCCCGCCCCCUCACACUGAACAAAGUGAUCUGUGCAUGGCCCCGCCCCUUCAGACUAAACACAGUGAUGUGUGCAUGGCCACGCCCAAUCAGACUAAACAGUGAUCUGUGCAUGGCCCCACCCCCUCAGACUAAACAGUGCUCUGUGCAUGGCCCCGCCCUCUCAGACUAAACACAGUGAUCUGUGCAUGGCCCCGCCCCCUCAGACUGAACACAGUGAUCAGUGCAUGGCCCUGCCCCCUCAGACUGAACACAGUGAUCAGUGCAUGGGCCCGCCCCCUCAGACUAAACACAGUGAUGUGUGCAUGGCCACGCCCACUCAGACUAAACAGUGAUCUGUGCAUGGCCCCGCGCCCUCAGACUGAACACAGUGAUCUGUGCAUGGCCCCGCGCCCUCAGACUAAACACAGGGAUCUGUGCAUGUCCCCACCCCCUCAGACUGAACACAGUGCUCUGUGCAUGGCCCCACCCCCUCAGACUAAACAGUGCUCUGUGCAUGGCCCCGCCCCCUCAGACUAAACACAGGGAUCUGUGCAUGGCACCACCCCCUCAGACUAAACACAGUGAUCUGUGCAUGGCCUGCCCCCUCAGACUGAACACAGUGAUCAGUGCAUGGCCACGCCCCCUCAGACUGAACACAGGGAUCUGUGCAUGGCCCCACCUCCUCUGACUGAACACAGUGAUCUGUGCAUUGCCCCACCUCCUCAGACUGAACACAGUGAUCUGUGCAUGACCCCGCCCCCUCAGACUAAACACAGUGAUCUGUGCAUGGCCCCGCGCCCUCAGACUAAACACAGGGAUCUGUGCAUGGCCCCACCCCCUCAGACUAAACACAGGGAUCUGUGCAUGGCCCCACCCCCUCAGACCGAACACAGUGAUCUGUGCAUGGCCCCGCCCCCUCAGACCGAACACAGUGAUCUGUGCAUGGCCCCGCCCACUCAGACUAAACACAGUGAUGUGUGCAUGGCCACGCCCACUCAGACUAAACAGUGAUCUGUGCAUGGCCCCGCGCCCUCAGACUGAACACAGUGAUCUGUGCAUGGCCCCGCGCCCUCAGACUAAACACAGGGAUCUGUGCAUGUCCCCACCCCCUCAGACUGAACACAGUGCUCUGUGCAUGGCCACGCCCCCUCAGACUGAACACAGUGAUCUGUGCAUGACCUCGCCCCCUCAGACUGAACACAGUGAUCUGUGCAUGGCACCACCCCCUCAGACCGAACACAGUGAUCUGUGCAUGACCUCGCCCCCUCAGACUGAACACAGUGAUCAGUGCAUGGCCACGCCCCCUCAGACUGAACACAGGGAUCUGUGCAUGGCCCCACCUCCUCUGACUGAACACAGUGAUCUGUGCAUUGCCCCACCUCCUCAGACUGAACACAGUGAUGUGUGCAUGGCCACGCCCACUCAGACUAAACAGUGAUCUGUGCAUGGCCCCACCCCCUCCGACUAAACAGUGCUCUGUGCAUGGCCCCGCCCCCUCAGACUAAACACAGGGAUCUGUGCAUGGCACCACCCCCUCAGACUAAACACAGUGAUCUGUGCAUGGCCUGCCCCCUCAGACUGAACACAGUGAUCAGUGCAUGGCCACGCCCCCUCAGACUGAACACAGGGAUCUGUGCAUGGCCCCACCUCCUCUGACUGAACACAGUGAUCUGUGCAUUGCCCCACCUCCUCAGACUGAACACAGUGAUCUGUGCAUGACCCUGCCCCCUCAGACUAAACACAGUGAUCUGUGCAUGGCCCCGCCCCCUCAGACUAAACACAGGGAUCUGUGCAUGGCCCCGCCCCCUCAGACUAAACACAGGGAUCUGUGCAUGGCCCCACCCCCUCAGACCGAACACAGUGAUCUGUGCAUGGCCCCGCCCCCUCAGACCGAACACAGUGAUCUGUGCAUGGCCCCGCCCACUCAGACUAAACAGUGAUCAGUGCAUGGCCCCGCCCCCUCAGACUAAACAAAGCAAUCGGUGCAUGGCCCCGCCCCCUCAGACUAAACAAAGCAAUUGGUGCAUGGUCCCGCCCCCCAGACUAAAAACAGUGAUCUGUGCAUGGCCCCGCCCCCUCAGACUAAAAACAGUGAUCUGUGCAUGGCCCCGCCCCCUCAGGCUAAACACAUCGAUCUGUGUAUGUGUAUCAGCAAUACCAGCACAGGCCAAUAGGGUUAAGUUGUGAGUCAUUCUGUGCUGUGUGUAGAUAGGAAGUUACAUGAUAUUCCUGCCCCUUCACUAACUGAAUCUGUGCUGGAGCUACAUACUGCAAUCGCAGCCAGCAUUAUCCCAGAUUGCAGCUAUCGCAGCCAGCAUUAUCCCAGAUUGCAGCUAUCGCAGCCAGAAUUACCCCAGCCUGCAGCUAUCACAGCCAGCAUUACCCCAGCCUGCAGCUACCGCAGUCAGCAUUUCCCCAACCUGCUGUGACGGAUCACCUGGCACCCCGACUGGGUACCUCUGUUGAAGGAUGCUCCUAGCGCUUCCUGAGCAUGGCUUUUCUGCCCAAAACCAGUUCCACAGGUCUAUCUUCUCCUCUAUACUGGAGAUAAUUGGCUUAACUGGGUAUGGUAAGCCAACUAUCUCCAGGUACAGAAAAUAUCUCCAUUCACAACAGCAGCAAAAAUACACAAAGAUACAUAAUUCCCAUUACACUGAACAGAACCCCCAUAUUCAACCUAUCCCCAGAUGGCUUGGAUCUGAGCGCUCAAUAUAUCCAAACAGUGCUUAGAUCCCACAAACACAGUCAAAUCGCCAUGGGAUUUAGGUUUAGCAUGGGCUGAUGAGAGGGGGCCAUAGUCAUGAGGAAGGAGACUGGCAAUUAGGCUUCUCCAUAAGCCAAGGACACAUGGCAAUUUGUCACAUAAAAUCCCAGUUACAAACGGCAGUUUGUAACACCUGCAGCUACCGCAGUCCGCAUUACCCCAACUGCAGCUAUCGCAGCCAGCAUUACCCCAACCUGCAGCUACCACAGUCAGCAUUACCCCAGCCUGCAGCUAUCGCAGCCAGCAUUACCCCAACUGCAGCUAUCGCAGCCAGCAUUACCCCAACUGCAGCUAUCGCAGCCAGCAUUACCCCAGCCUGCAGCUAUUGCAGCCAGCAUUACCCUAGCCUGCAGCUAUUGCAGUCAGCAUUACCCAAGCCUGCAGCUAUUGCAGUCAGCAUUACCCAAGCCUGCAGCUAUCGCAGUCAGCAUUACCCCAACUGCAGCUAUCGCAGCCAGCAUUACCCCAGCCUGCAGCUAUCGCAGUCAGCAUUACCCCAACUGCAGCUAUCGCAGUCAGCAUUACCCCAACUGCAGCUAUCGCAGUCAGUAUUACCCCAACCUGCAGCUACCGCAGUCAGCAUUACCCCAGCCUGCAGCUAGCCAGCAUUACCCGAACUGCAGCUUUCACAGCCAGCAUUACCCUAGCCUGCAGCUCUCGCAGCUAGCAUUACCCCAUAGCAGUCAGCAUUACCUCAACCUGCAGCUAUAGCAGUCAGCAUUACUCCAACCUGCAGCUAUAGCAGUCAGCAUUACCCCAGUUUGCAGCUUUAGCAGUCAGCAUUACCCCAACCUGCAGCUAUAGCAGUCAGCAUUACCCCAACCUGCAGCUAUAGCAGUCAGCAUUACCCCAACUUGCAGCUAUAGCAGUCAGCAUUACCCCAACUUGCGGCUAUAGCAGUCAGCAUUAUUCCAACCUGCAGCUAUAGCAGUCAGCAUUAUUCCAACCUGCAGCUAUAGCAGUCAGCAUUACCCAAACUUGCAGCUAUAGCAGUCAGCAUUACCCCAACUUGCAGCUUUAGCAGUCAGGAGCAGAGAUGAGGGAUGGGGAAGGAAGUAGAGACAGGUAGGAGUGCAGUAAGAACGAGAGACAAAGCGAGGCAUUAAUUUAGAGGAAGAGGGGUGGAGGUAUCUGUAUGUGAUAAACUGGGACUGAUAUUAUAAAGCGAAUAAGGAACACAUUGCUUGGCAAAUAUAAGUGAUAGCGAUAAAAUGCAUAUUUAUUACAAAUAGUAAGCAUUCUAUGCAGUGACAUACAAUGGGUGAGACUUCAUCCCUAUAAAUAGCUAAACAAGGUGAUAAUUUAGAACCAGAAAAAUAAAUUAAAUCUGAGAACGAGGGUGUUGACACUUAUUUAUACUGAUGGAAUUAAUUCACUAAACAGAAUGUUGCAAUUCUGUUUUCAGUUCACACAUUUCACUAUAGAAAAUAGCUAAGCUAUGACUUUACUGAGGUUGGGAAAUAUUUACAAAUCAGCUUUUUUUGGCCCAAGUGUUACAAUUCUAAUUUUGUAUUGGCUGUUUAGUGAAUUUACCAGUGUGUGUGCGCGCAUGUGAUGGGUGUUUGUUUGUGUAUAGCAAUUCCCUUGCAUACCAUUCAGAAACACUAUACACAUACACAAUGCUACGUAGCAUACACAUUUUAGGGACCUUUCCCCUUCCAAAUGUUUUUUCUCCCUAAUGUCACUCCCAAUGAUGUAUAUUACCACAUUUUAACGUCAUAUCAUGCCAUGCAUAUAUAAUUAUGCAAAUUUACUUGACUGGUACUUUACUGCCUUGAGAGGUGGCAACCCUAUUCAUCCCUCCCUGUCACAGGUGGCUCAUUUCCUAUUAUUUAACCUUCAGGGAGCCCGAGGAGGAUGGAUGGCCCUACCAGGUAAGCUGAUUAAUCUCACAAGAGCAGUUACUAGUUUGGUAUAGAAUAGAACCAAUCAAAAAUGUGUCCAUUGGUAUUGUGGCAGGCUGGUUGAUAAAUGUAAAAUGUUUAUGAGUUUAUUGUUGGUUUGACGUUUAGUGUGCUGUAUAUUUUGACGGACAGAUCAUUUGAAAGAAUCCCAUACUACACGGAUCUCCUCUGCGCUGUCAUGGGGCCCUAAACCCUGAGAUUAGAGGGAGUUACACUGCCAAUGAAUACCUGCUGCAGUUUUAUUGACAGCAGCUGAGGAACUCACACUAAUCUCAGGCAGCACUAGGACAGGUCUGCUGGACUCACAUCAUUGUCUUUCCUUUAACUCCUGCAGUAAACUAAACGUUAACCUCUACAUCCCUCUAUAGAUAUUGUUAGAUUUCCUGCUGCAAAAAAAACCUGAAAUUAAUUACCCUGAAUGUUCUUCUGGCUGCUUUCGUCUAUGAAUCACCUGAAAUAAUAAGUCCAUAGUCUGUUUCGUGCAUGAUGCCUUUAAAAAGUAAUUAAACCCACUGCCGGCAAUUUUAUUGUUGAAAUAUUAGCCCAGUCCUGACAUGGAUAUCAUUGUUACAAGUAUACAGUUUGCCAUAAAUAUAUACAUCAUGUGGUAUUUAAAUGCAAUGUACGGCCAUGCCUGCUGUCCUCUGCGCCCGCUAUUUAAUGUCCCACAUUGGCACUGCUUUCCAUAUGAUCUCCUAAGGAUCAGAUCAAUCCUUGGCAAGAUCUCCCCAUGCAAAAGGAUGACGCAGACUAGUUACGGUGUGUAUAUCUCCUGAAUUUUGGACUUUGAUCCGGAACUGGGCUUUUAACUUGGGCUAUGUUAUCUUCUGGUUUCCUAACCAAGACUUUUGUGUUAGAAACGGAAUUUGUCUGCUAACUUUAAUCAUUUACUUCUUGCACUAUGUUACCUUUCGAACUCUGAUCUUGUGUGACUUCUACAGAGCUCAUAAGGAGCUAAAACCUGCAAUUCCACAGUGCACCUAACAUGUGUGGGAGCCUGGAGUGUCCCUCCUAGCUUCAUAUACAAAUCUGCUGCGGGAAAGAGAAGGAGGGUCUGGGAGCAGCAGCAGGGCCUCUCCACUGUCUAUCACAGGGGCCCUGCCAGGCUGAUUUGUUUCCUCCUCUGCCUACACUCCUCAGCGGCAAAGCUAGGAAGAAGUGAUAUCAUGGUACUUUCUUCUAGCACUCUAUGGAAGUUGCACAGGAGGGAGGAAGGAGCCCAACACUAUGCAGAGCCUGGGGCCAGUUUCUGCAGCAGAGAGGAGUGAGGAGCAGCAGGCAUUUCUGUGUAUGUAUGUGUUUGUAUUAGACAUGUGCAAUUCGUUUUGUUCCAAAUGUACAUUCAUCCGAAUUUCGUGCAAUUCAGACAUUCGGAUACUUACGAAUGUCCGAAGUGCUGAAAUUCCAAAGUGCCGAAGUUUGGUAGUGCCGAACUGAACUGAAUGACAUUGUUCCCAAUUGCCGAAGUGCUUUGGGUUUCUGUAAAGUUAGAGGGAGGGAAAAUUACAUGAAUGAUGACAGGAAUCUUGACCAAUAAGCUAAUUCCUGGCACUGUGGGUCCUAAAGAUGUGUAAGUGGUUGUGGUGGCACUCCGGGCACUGGGAGCCUUCACUGUAUGUUUGUAUGGUUCACUGUGUGUGUGUGUGUGGGGAGGUGUGGGGGUCACUGUGUGUAUGUGUGUGGGGGUCACUGUGUGUGUCUGUGGGUAUUACUGAGUGAAUGUAUUGGUCAUACAAUGUUGUUGAUUUGGAAGUUUUUUCCUGUCUGAAUAUUUUUUUUUAUUUUUUAUUUUUGUAAAAUCUUUUUUUAUUGAGUUUUUAUAGAUAUGGAGACAAAAGAGUUGUAGACACGCAGGCCCAACCACACAAAUACAUGCAGAUAUUACACAGAUAUACAGCUUGUGCGGUUCCAUUUGCGUUAUCAGGUGUUGUAUAAUUGUGGGUGGUGGAACUCAUGUUUCAUUCUAAGUAAAAUUAUAGAGCAUUCCCCAAUAAUAGCUUAUGUUUAUCUCUGCCUAUGGUUCCAUAAUGCUUCCUGUGUCAGUUGUGUAAAUCACUCCUCCCCACCUCCAUGUCAUUGUAUUAUGGUCUGUGAGAGAGGACAGCGAAGAAAGAUGCGAGAGGUAAGUAAGUAAAGAGAAAAGGAGCAGAGAAAGUCCCCUACAGGCCCCCAUGUCUCUCUUCUGUGUAAUCAUUCAAAAUCUGAGAUAUGUACUAACAGAUGAAACAGUGCAUGCAUCGCAACAAAGUAUCAUUCCUAAAAUGGUUAUUAUGAAAAUUAUGAAACAGUUAUUAUAUGUUACACAUGUGGCUUCAUGGACAGUCUAUUAUCGUUUCCCCACCACAACUUUAGGAUUAAGUAAACCGCAGUGGCUAACAAGUUAUUCCCAGUUCACAAACAUUAUACGUAUUUUGUACGGAACUCUGCGUUGUACAACGUACAUAGUAGAGCAUGUUGCGCCAAGCACAUCCCAGCAGUAGCACCUGCCAGAUUUUUCCCUUUGCCGAUUAGGCUGAUAUAAGUAUUAGGAUGGAGUGCUGUCUGAAUAUUUUGCCAAAAAAAUGUCCGGGUAAAAUAUGACAAAGUUAUAGUGAGAUUUCAAAGCGAGAAUUCAAAGUGAACAUGAAAUUUAAAGGAGCACACCUCUCAAAAAAUGGGAUGGGUGGUGUGACAAACUGAACCUCAUCAUGGGUUCUUGGAGUGGCCUUCUGGUCUGCCUCUUGCCUCAGGAUUAUGGGCCCUGCAAUAUAUCUUGCCCAAUGCACUUUAAAAGGCUCUGUUCCUGUGAAUUAUGUACUUUUGUACUUCAGAAAGAGAGACUGAAUGUUGGCUAUAAUUCCCUGGAACUGUUUUGGGCAUAGGACCAUGUGCACGGUCUGUCAAAAUUAUGACUUCCAUGGAAAUCCCGAACCCCUGAACCGAUCUGGGUGAUUUUUGGAUUUGUUGGUCAUCCAGAUCGGGGCUAUCAGGCGAUGUAACUUUUGUUGGGUUUCCAUGGGUUUUGGGGGUAUUUUCGGGUGUUGUUAAAAGUUGUGUUUUUUGUGCCUGGAGAUAAUUGAGUUAGUUCAGUUCCUGACUCAAUUAUCUCCCAGGCAUAAGGGAGGGAUUGUCUUGUUUUGUAUGGAAGUGUCCUGGACCUGAGAUCCAAUGCAAUUGUGUGUACGUUUUUACUUUAGUCUACUUUUAGGUCCAGGAGCCCCACCACAUGUGGACUGUCAUAAAAGGCCAGUUGUGGCUGCCAUUAAACAGAUUUAGUUUUAUCUUUCAUGAAGUCUAGGCUUAAGUUUGGGGGAUUGGAGAGCUCUAUUCACUCUGGGGAUUGCUAUAAUCACUAUACUCCUUUGGAUCACAACGAUUGCUCUUGUAAGAGCAGCCUGCUUCGCUGCCUGGACUAGGAGAGGCCUACCCACUGGAAGCUGGAUCCUGGUCUUCAGUCCAGGGUGGGUGGAGGACAGCGAGACCCCAACCAAGCUGCGGUGGUUUACAGUGGUUAUGGUGUUCCAGUGCCGUGCUUAUGGUACUCAAGGAUUACUAGGAAGCAGGGUUGAGGGAGGUAUCCAGUCAGGGUGCCAGGCGGUCAGUCACAGGUGGAAUUCCUGUUUAGUAGUUAUACUUCAUAUGGCUGCAGUCUUUGUAAUCCCUUCCCUUCUUCAGAGGCUUCUCAUUGAAAAUCCUCAGAAUCCGUCCCUUCCUGUGCACACACUGCAUUCAUGAAAAAUGCUGGUCUGAUGUGAGGUCUGUUUGGAGAAAUGGAGUAAAACGUGCCUGCCACUUCUGUAAGCUCGAUGGAGCUAACAGAAGGAGGAAGCAAAUUUCCCUGAACGUCUGACAGCCAAGAAGGGGUUUCUUUAUUGAAUUAUAAAAGUUCAGAUUUCUCAUAAAAAUUGGCACUUUUUAGAAACUGGAAUUAACAUAAGAUACUCCUCACCCAUAAAGCAAUUCAGCAAGCUGAUGAAAUGGUCCUUUAAGGCCGGAGUAGCUGAAAUGAAAACUGACUUUCCCAUAUUUCUACUUUGGCCUUAUAUUUGAAAUUCACUUUGAAUUCUCAUUUUAGUAAAUAACCCUGACAGUUUCCUUGUAUUUCUCUUUCUUUUUUGAAACUCUUUCAGAGAGGAAUUUCUCCACCUUUGUUUCUCCUUGUUACACUGCAGAGAAAAUAAAAGCAAUAUGAUCAAAUAAUUUAUAGGCGUCAAAGUCAAUGUAUUGAAAGGAUUUAUGAGCCCAGAAAUGUAUUGAAAGGAUUUAUGAGCCCAACAAAACAUAUACUCACUACAUUUAUCAUUCAUUUCAAUCUGUAGACCUGAACAUUUUAUUUAUUCGUCAGGUUUCAAUCCACAGAAAGGAAGAAAUUCCCUGUUCCAGCGCACAUAAUGUAUAGAGUGUCUGUGAUGUCAAUGUAAAGAUAGCCAGUGAUGUCCAUGUCGAGAUAUAAAUGUCUGUGAUGUAAAUGUAAAGAUAGAUAACCAGUGAUGUUCAUGUCGCGAUAUCGAACACAAUGUAAAGAGUGUCUGUGAUGUCAAUGUAAAGAUAGUCAGUGAUGUCUAUGUCGAGAUAUCGAACACAAUGUAAAGAGUGUCUGUGAUGUCAAUGUAAAGAUAGAUAGCCAGUGAUGUCCAUGUCGAGAUAUCGAACACAAUGUAAAGAGUGUCUGUGAUGUCAAUGUAAAAAUAGAUAGCCAGUGAUGUCCAUGUCAAGAUAUCGAACACAAUGUAAAGAGUAUCUGUGAUGUCAAUGUAAAGAUAGAUAGCCAGUGAUGUCCAUGUCAAGAUAUCGAACACAAUGUAAAGAGUAUCUGUGAUGUCAAUGUAAAGAUAGAUAGCCAAUGAUUUUCAUGUCGAGACAUCGAACACAAUGUAAAGAGUGUCUGUGAUGUCAAUGUAAAGAUAGAUAGCUAGUGAUGUUUGUGGCAACUGACAUUUAAUGUGGAUAAGUGCAAGAUAAUGCAUCUUGGACGUAAAAUAUAAUGCAUCUUGGACGUAAAAACCCAAGGGCAGAGUACAGAAUAUUUGAUAGAGUUCUAACCUCAACAUAUGAGGAAAGGGAUUUAGGGGUGAUUAUUUCUGAUGACUUAAAGGUAGGCAGACAAUGUAAUAGAGCAGCAGGAAAUGCUAGCAGAAUGCUUGGUUGUAUAGGGAGAGGUAUUAGCAGUAGAAAGAGGGAAGUGCUCAUGCCAUUGUACAGAACACUGGUGAGACCUCACUUGGAGUAUUGUACACAGUACUGGAGACCGUAUCUUCAGAAGGAUAUUGAUACCUUAGAGAGGGUUCAGAGAAGGGCUACUAAACUGGUUCAUGGAUUGCGGGAUAAAACUUACCAGGAAAGGUUAAAGGAUCUUAACAUGUAUAGCUUGGAGGAAAGACGAGACAGGGGGGAUAUGAUAGAAACAUUUAAAUAUAUAAAGGGAAUCAACACAGUAAAGGAGGAGACUAUAUUUAAAAGAAGAAAAACUACCACAACAAGAGGACAUAGUCUUAAAUUAGAGGGACAAAGGUUUAAAAAUAAUAUCAGGAAGUAUUACUUUACUGAGAGGGUAGUGGAUGCAUGGAAUAGCCUUCCAGCUGAAGUGGUAGAGGUUAACACAGUAAAGGAGUUUAAGCAUGCGUGGGAUAGGCAUAAGGCUAUCCUAACUAUAAGACUAGGGACUAAUGAAAGUAUUUAGAAAAUUGGGCAGACUAGAUGGGCCGAAUGGUUCUUAUCUGCCGUCACAUUCUAUGUUUCUAUGUCCAUGUCAAGAUAUCGAACACAAUGUAAAGAGUAUCUGUGAUGUCAAUGUAAAGAUAGAUAGCCAGUGAGGUCCAUGUCGAGACAUCGAACACAAUGUAAAGAGUAUCUGUGAUGUCAAUGUAAAGAUAGCCAGUGAUGUUCAUGUCGAUAUAUCGAACACAAUGUAAAGAGUAUCUGUGAUGUCAAUGUAAAGAUAGCCAGUGAUGUCCAUGUCAAGAUAUCGAACACAAUGUAAAGAGUGUCUGUGAUGUCAAUGUAGAGAUAGAUAGCCAGUGAUGUUCAUGUCGAGAUAUCGAACACAAUGUAAAGAGUAUCUGUGAUGUCAAUGUAAAGAUAGCCAGUGAGGUCCAUGUCGAGAUAUCGAACACAAUGUAAAGAGUAUCUGUGAUGUCAAUGUAAAGAUAGAUAGCCAGUGAUGUCUAUGUCGAGAUAUCGAACACAAUGUAAAGAGUGUCUGUGAUGUCAAUGUAAAGCUAGAUAGCCAGUGAUGUUCAUGUCGAGAUAUUGAACACAAUGUAAAGAGUAUCUGUGAUGUCAAUGUAAAGAUAGAUAGCCAGUGAUGUUCAUGUCGAGACAUCGAACACAAUGUAAAGAGUGUCUGUGAUGUCAAUGUAAAGUUAGAUAGCCAGUGAUGUCCAUGUCGAGACAUCGAACACAAUGUAAAGAGUAUCUGUGAUGUCAAUGUAAAGAUAGCCUGUGAUGUCCACGUCAAGAUAUCGAACACAAUGUAAAGAGUAUCUGUGAUGUCAAUGUAAAGAUAGAUAGCCAGUGAUGUUCAUGUCAAGAUAUAGAACACAAUGUAAAGAGUAUCUGUGAUGUCAAUGUAAAGAUAGCCAGUGACGUCCAUGUCAAGAUAUCGAACACAAUGUAAAGAGUAUCUGUGAUGUCAAUGUAAAGAUAGAUAGCCAGUGAUGUUCAUGUUGAGAUAUCGAACACAAUGUAAAGAGUAUCUGUGAUGUCAAUGUAAAGAUAGAUAGCCAGUGAUGUUCAUGUCGAGACAUCGAACACAAUGUAAAGAGUGUCUGUGAUGUCAAUGUAAAGUUAGAUAGCCAGUGAUGUCCAUGUCGAGACAUCGAACACAAUGUAAAGAGUAUCUGUGAUGUCAAUGUAACGAUAGAUAGCCAGUGAUGUUCAUGUCGAGACAUCGAACACAACGUAAAGAGUGUCAGUGAUGUCCAUGUCAAGAUAUCGAACACAAUGUAAAGAGUAUCUGUGAUGUCAAUGUAAAGAUAGAUAGCCAGUGAUGUUCAUGUCGAGAUAUCGAACAAAAUAUAAAGACAGUCAAACCGUUUAUAAAUGUGUUGACUACUUAAUGUUGCAGGGCACUCUUGGAACCAUAACCACUAAAGCAGGCUGUAAUGGUUAUGGUGCUUGAAGUGUUCCAACAUGACUAAAAUCAAAAUGCAGUGUAGCCCUAAAAUAGAUCCAAUUUAGAGUGCUUUGCAAAAACACAGCAAACCACAUAUUAAAAACAACAAUAUGUGUAUUAAAAAGAUGAAUAAAACCACUCACGUGCUCCUGAGCCUCGGCUUAGCCUCUUUUUAUUCGCAGUACGCCUUUCUGAUGGGAGGUGUCCCCCAACUCUGUGAUGGAAAAAUUAUUCCAAAAGGAUAUGUAGCCAGUACUUUAUUAUAGGUCAAAAACUAGACAAAUAAAAUAAAAUUAUGUUGUGUUCGUGCAAUAUAUUGUUUAUUUGCCCAGCAUUAUUCUAACACCGUGACACUGUAAAUUGGAUCUAUUUUAGCACUACACUACGUUUUUGGAUUUUAGUCAUUUUUGGUGUGAGGGAUGCACUUCGUAGCGUUGAAAAGCUGAUUAAUAUUUUUUACUCAUAUUUAAAUUAUAUUUUAAGUAUAAGGUAUUUAAGUGCUGUUAUAUACACUGCACAGUUUUUUUUGAAAGAGCCAACAUAACUAAAGCUCAGUUGAUAGUUUUUCUAAAUGAGCUGUUUUAGCCCAAGUUUUCCUAAUUCAUUUUAAAAGUGGCUGUUUAGUAAGUGGGUUAGUGCUAUGUUUAUUUUAAAGAUCCUACCAUACUGAGCGAUAUGUUUUUGUUGUUUCCAGUUAACUCGCAAAAUCCGCUAAGCCAAGAAGAUGCUACGAUGCACUGUUUGGAGAUUCUUGUUUGCGGCGUUAGCCGUAAUCAGUGUAACCUUUAUAAUCACACGCAAAGACCUCACUGAAAAUUACUGUGAAAAAUUCGACGACCUGGACUUUUAUAAACAGGUAAAGACUACUUUUUAAAAUAGAAUUAUUAUUAUUAUGGGUAAAAUAGUUAACUGAAAAAAAAUUAUCCAAAAUAGGAAGUGUAACUUUCGAUUUAUUUCAGAGUUUGCAAACCAUAAGAAAGAUAGAACAUAUAAAUCUACCAUUACAGUUAUUUCAGACUAUAAUGUCUUAUUUAUGAUUAUAUUUUAAUGUUCAAUAAACUGCUUCCAUGACGAAAUAGAAAAUUAAACCCAAAGUCUUAUUUUCAGAUCUCCCAAAUCCAGCAGAGGAGCCCUCGCCCCUUUGAUGUAAAUGAAGAUGCUAUGGAAACCUUGAACGUCCCCUAUAUGUACUUUCUGGGUUCUCAACCAAGAGCGAAACGUAAGUAUAAAAAAAGAACCACCCAAAACACAGAAUCAGAUUUCUGGGUCAGCAUCCUUCCUGUGGUUUUUCUUCUUUUUGUGUGUUAGUUUCUAUACUCCAAGCACCACGAUCCCUUUAGUAAAUUGAAGUGGUGAUGGUGCCUGGAGUCUGUAUAUUUAGCUUUUAAACUAUAAAAAAAACACUGCAUUUAUGGAGUCUAACUCUUUAGCUGCUGGCAGGGUCAUUGGGGCGUCAUUAGUAAGUCCGGAAGAACAUUUUUUGGGGCUGGCUAAUGUCAGUUCUGAGCAUGUCUAUCCAUAGAAUUGCAUUUAUUGCCUGAAAGCAGUCAUCAGAUGCUCUCAGCUAGUGAAUAGCCCUGGGGGCCAUUCAGAUGCAUAUCACUGGCCACAGAGGAGCCUUGGUGCCAGGCGGAGAUCCAGGUAAGAGGGCGAAUGUUUUCAAAAUGUCCCAUUACCAGGAAACGGGCCAGGGUACAGCAGGCUGUCGUGGUUAUAAUGCUUGGAAUAGCCUUUUAGUUUGUCACAACAUAAAUUAGAACUAAACUCUGAACAGGAAUCCGAUCGGGCGCAGCGGCCCUUUAACAGCCCUUUGCACAUUAGCAGCCUGGGAGGAAAUGAGAGCAGGUGACUUCCUCCCAGCUAUGGGGAGAGCCCACGAGGGAGGCAGAGGAAUAGGAGGAAGCAGCAUGGGCAGCGGAGCAAGGAGAGAUCUGUUCCAGAUCCUACACCAAGCAAGCCACCUUCAUGAACAAUAAAGGUAGGUUAAUAGGAGGGUGGCUGCAGAUAUAAAACGUAUGACAUGUAUGUGUCAAUUUCUGCCUGUGUCUGAGCGCGUGUAACCUCUACAUUACAUACCUGUCUCUUGCUCUCUCCUAAAGGGCAGCACUCUACUCUCUUUUUCCAGCUCUGCUUCACUCCCACCUUAUUUGAUUGCUAUUUCCUGUCCUAUUGUGUUUCAUACCCCACCUUCCAUAGACUGUAAACUCAUUUGAUGUGUUUUUUUCCUCUAAUUGUCCUAUUUAUAGUUAAAUCCCCCCCCCUCUUAUAAUAUUGUAAAGCGCUAUGGAAUUUGUUGGCGCUAUAUAAAUGCCAAUAAUAGUAAUAAUAAUGUAUGUCAGUCUGUGUAUAUGUGUGAAUGUUUCAGUUUGUGUGUCAGUGUGUGUGUGUGUGUGUAUAUGUGUCUUAAGGUGUGCAUGUGUCCGUGUGUUUAUUUGUGCAUCAGGGUUUGUUUAUGUGUCAGUGUAUGUAUGUCUCAGUGUGUGUGUUUAUAUAUGUGUAUAAGUGUGUGUUAAUUUGUAUGUAUAUCUGUGUAAGUAUGUAUGUGGCAGUAAAUGUGCAUUCUGUCAAGGGAAAAAACAGGAUACCCAUAAAAGGUGGAUUCAAAAUUACAGAACCUUAGAAAUGGCGGACUUAAUUUAUUUAAUUAGCGAGAAUCAAGAUCAAGAACAAAUCAGGGGUACAGGAAUAGACAAAGUCAAGACAAAGCCGGGUCAGGAUACCAGAAAUCACAAGGGAAUCUCUAGGAGCACUAAACGAGGAUCUAACAAGAAACCACGAUAGGGCAAUGAAUGGAGGCUGAAGCAACCUUAAAUAGGCUCAAGAGAGUUCCCAUUGGUCCACAUCAUCUUUGUGACACUAAACAGCAUUGUGUCGCCUAGAUGACGUGGUCCCUUUAAGGUCAUGAUGUCAUGGCAAAAGGUUACAUAUAGGGCUGCAGUUCAACCCGCAAACCAGCAGAGGGAGCCGUUCGCAAGACUGAAGUUAAGCAAUUUAUGCCACGUGGCCCGAGGAGUGAUGUAAUGUGGCCUUGCAGUGUGUUCUGCCUGUGUGGCCGGAGGAGAGGAUCCAAGACAGCAUGCAAACACACCCUUAAGUCAAAUACAAACAUUACAUACAAGCACACCCCUUCAUUUAAAACACUACACACAAGUACACCACUGCAUUCCAAUGGCAACAGUAGAUACUAAUACACCCCUACAUGCACACACAUAUUCUGUACAAACACAGGCUUUCAUUCAAAUGCACAAACACUGCUCUCAAAUAAAACCCUGCAAGGGUGGGCAAAUGGUAGAUCUCCAGCUGGAAUAGCACUGUUGGAGUUGUACGACAGAUGAGGAUCUACCUUUUGGCAAACCUUGCGCUAUAGGGGUCCAAAAAAAUUCUUGCACCAGGGUCCUCUGCACAUUAGUUCUGCCACUGAGUCAAGCCCUAUAAAAACAUGUGAAAUCUUCAAUCUCUUGUCCUACCUUAUUUAACCCCAAAGGGACCCCAUGCUCAAUUUGACCCUUGUUUUCAAAGUCAAUAUAUAAAGGAAUGAACUAGAAGCAAUAAAACAUUUUUAAAAAGAUUUUCACACUACAAUAUCUCCCCACGUGUCCUUCUCAUCCAUUUGUUGGUCUCUCUCUCCCCCACUUCAACAUUUUUCCCCUACCACAGACAUCUCAAACUCCAGUCCCCAAUUUGUUGUUAAAUUACAACUCCCAUGAUUCUCCCAUCCAUUGCACUCAAAUAAUUAUGUGAGUUCUAUGACAUCAUCGAGAGGGGCAAAAUAUGAGAUUCCUGCCCUAUCACAUCCCACUUAUAUCACACAAUCUUGACCCUCAAUUAUUUCCCUCUCUUCCCUCCCUCAUAUAUAUCUCUCCAUUCCACCUCCUAUAUUUAUGUAUUCUUUCCCAGUGUAUUUCCACCUCUAAUUAUAUAGCAAUUGGUUCGCAUGAAAUCAUUAAUGCUGCAGUCUUCACCCUUCUACUCUCUAUUAUUAGAUAAUAAAAACAAACCAGCUGUAUAGGAGGAACGAUCAUGUAAAACCACUCACCUAUACAAAUAGCCGAAUUACAUGACAGUGCAAACAGUAUGGGGCGUACUCACUCAACGCCCAGUUGUACUGAACUGAAAUUACAUUGGAAAUGGUUGUAAAGCGCGGAUAUUGAAAAAUUCUCCCAACUAAACCCCCUUAAACCGCCUUAACAUACAAACCGACAACCCUCGUGGACUGUAUUAUAUAGACAAGCAGAAUCCAACAGUAAGGGAUAAUGUUACAAAGUUAAAAAUAUAAAUAUGUAUACAUACACUCAUCGUAUAACCUUUUUAUAAAAAACAAAAAUAAAUACAAAAAUGCAUUUCUUUAGAUUACAAGAUCACGGGCUAACUAAGCACUUUGUAUAAUAGAGCUUCAAUGGCUAGAUCUCAAAUCACGAGCAAGGUCCCCUUUACCUUUAUAUUGGUCUGUGUAAAUUGUAUUGUAUUGUGGCUUGUUGUUUGUUUGUUUUUUGUUUUUUUAUUGUACAUCACUCUGGGAUAUGUUGGCGCUUUAUGAAUGCCAGUAAUAAUAAUAACAAUAAUAAUCAUAAUAAAUCCCACUAUAAACUAGUCACUACAGUAAGAAGGAUAAGGCCACAAAGAUAAUAAGUGAAUUGCUAUUUCACAUGAUUCAUUUACAGCUUGUCAUCCUAAGCCAAUUCAUCAGAGCAAUACACAGAUCAUUGCAGGCAGCUAAAACACUUUUCAAAUCCCUGUAUUCACUUUUACAAAUAGGGGACUUAGGGAUAAGUACUGUAAAAUGGUUUUGGAUAAAAACAACACACCAUUUUUGCAUUCUAUCACCAUUUUAGGAGGCUGUAUUGUAUAUAAUGUUAUCAGUUUACAAAUGUCCAUAACAGGAUAUAUGACCACGUUUAUCUGUUUUCGUCACACAGGCUGUAUUUGUCAAAUUAUGCCAGUAUUUGAGACCCUCUGUAACAUAUAUCAAAAUAACAGAUACUGUGUAUAACACAUACAAUGCUUCAUCAUGAUUCUUGUAAAGAAAAAAAUAAAUGUAAAAUUAAAUUUAUGUAAAUUUGAGUUCUAUAAAACUUUAAAUACUGGUAAACGAUAAUUGAAACCUCAAUAUGUUCUUCAGCCAAUGAUAUAACUAUGCAUCAGUUUCAAAUAAAUGCUGCGGUUAGAUUUUUCAAACAAUAGGGCUUUCUAGUGGAGAGUUCAAUCUGUCUAAUUCUAAAAGUUACUGUAGGACCUAGCUGUAUUCCAGAUAUACUGCACAACAAACCUAUACUUGCGAAAUAGACCAAAAGUAGCUCACAAUGUUAUCUCCCGUUCUUGUAAAAUGUCCUUAUUUUAUACGAACGUAAUGCUGUUUUUUUUUCUGUCAAAGGGUUUUUUACCAUUGGAAUAUCUUCAGUAAAAAGAAAGAAAGAAAACUAUCUAUUGAACACAAUCCACUCCAUUUUCAAUCACUCAAGUCCAGAAGAGCUUGACCAGCUAUUAGUUGUUGUCUACUUGGCAAAUACCAAAUACACUCUGAAUAAAGAAACAUCAGACGAGCUAUACCUUCGUUUCCAUACAGACAUUGAUGCCGGACGUUUGAUCGUGAUCAGCAGCCUACCCAACGCGUAUCCUACAUUAGAAGGCCUCAAAAGAAAUUAUAACGACUCGCCGGAGAGAGUCAAAUUCCGCUCAAAACAAAACAUAGACUAUGCCUUCUUAGUGAAUUUUUGUGCCAACCUGUCAAACUAUUAUAUCAUGUUGGAAGAUGACGUGACAUGCUCUAAAAACUUCCUCACGUCAAUUAAAGGCCAUGUUGACGCCCAAAAGGCAUCAUGGACUACAAUAACAUUUUCAAAUCUGGGGUACAUUGGGAAACUGUAUCACAAUGCAGAUCUCUCAAAACUUGCUCGAUUCCUGUUGCUGUUCUAUGAUGAAAUGCCUUGUGAUUGGCUUUUGGACCUUUUCUUUAAAUCCAAAGCUCAGAAGGAAAUUCUACGGGCCAAGCCGUCUCUCUUCCAGCAUAUGGGCAUGUUCUCCUCCUUUCAAAGCAACAGGAACAAUUUAAAAGACAUCGACUUUGUGGAAGUCUAUGAAAAAUAUGGAGAUAACCCGUCUGCAUCUUGCUUCACCAAUAUAGAAUCUUAUUUAGAAAACCAAGCAGAGAAUGUUUGUAACCCGGGACCGAGUUUUUUUUGGGGAAAGAAUGUAAAAAAGGGUGACUAUUUCACCAUGACUUUCCAGGACACAGUAAAUAUAGAAAGAAUCCAUGUUCUUACUGGGUCUCCCGAUCAUCCAGGAGACAUGCUCCAAACUGGUUUCUUAGAACUGGGAACUGGAAAAACAAAAGACAAAGGUGGGGAGAGCUGCAAAGUCUUCAGAAAAAUAGGAGAAUUUAUCAACGGAGAGGUUUCGUUUAAGAUGGGAAAAGAUGAAAAGAGUGACUGUCUCCGGAUUUCUGUAUCUGCUUCCCAAAACCAAUGGCUCAUAAUACAAAAAGUUGGGAUUUGGCUCAAAAAGAGAUAAGAGACAAAUAUUGUUAGCACUAAACUAAUUUGAUUGUUUACCCCAUUGGCUAAAAAAAGACCCCUCUAUACAACAAGUUCUCUGUAUCAGGGAAUUGAACAAGACAUUCUUAUAAAAGCAAAAAUCCUUUUGUACAAACUAUGACAAAGAAAUAAAAUGAAAAAAAAAAAACAAUAUAUAAGAACUAUGACAAAGGUAUAAAACAUCUUCUAGAAAACACAAUUUAUUUGGAGAGCAAGAUGACAAAAUUAGUACAGGCAGGUUUGUACUGUGCAAUAUGGGUCAUUCAAAUUAAUUUCACAUGAACAGACUAUGGCCUUUAUAAAUAGUGUCAAAUCGGAAAAAAUAUUUAAGGCCCUCUGUGACAUAUUGCAAAAUAAGGGAUACUGUGUAUAACGCCUAAAAUGCUUUAUCAUGAAUCUUUUAAAGAAAAAAAUAAAUGAAAAAUUAAAAGUAUGAAAAUUUGAAUCCUAUAAAACUUUAUAGAACAUUAAACUAUAAUUUAAACCCCAACAUGUUAUUCAGCUAAUGCUAUAGCUAUGCAUCAGUUUCAAAUAAAUGCUGCGGUUAGAUUUUUUUUAAAAUAGUACGGCUUUCUAGUGGAGAGUUCAAGCCGUCUAAUUCUAAUCUCUCCCGUGAUUGUAAAACGUCCAUAUUUAUAAUAACGUAAUGCUGGUUUUUUUUGCCAAAG